AUGGAGGAUGUGUACCCGUACACCCGCAGUCCUGCCUGGGAGGAACUGGUCAGUAGAAUUCAGCGAUGAAGACUUUUUAAUCACUUCUCUUUUCCUCACCGAGGAAAGGGCAGCAAUCCUAGCUCUUCCUUUAAUGCGAUAAGAGGUUUUCCUGACGAUGUUUUCACACUUUGGAGCUGUUUCAUCCUCUGUUCGCCUUUGACGGUUUCCUUGAAUUGGAGCUGCUCUUAAAUCCGUUUGAAUGUCAUUUUAGCGUUUUGUUAUUUCUUCAUAAAUGCUCGUGAUUGUCUAAAACAGUCAAAAUGCGCUACCGAGGCACUCCACACUUUCCACUAACCUGAUUUUUGGGCUCUUCUCGUUUCUCGGUUGGGUUUAUUUUCGGAUAUACGCGUGAGGGGACUCUUCUUUAUGUUUUAGGCUACCCUGCCCAUUUCCUUGUGGAAUUUUAUUCCUGUCGUCUUGCUCAGUGUGCUGGAAAUAAUCUGAAGUCCCAUUUGAUUUCAACCUUUCAGAGCAAGAAUCGGUUUUAAAACGAAGUUGUGCGUAAAAUCCAAUUUUAGGUCGUGUUUGGUGACAAAAAUCCAACGAUUUGGACACCCAUAGGCUAUUUAUAAGUGAGCAUUUAUCAGCAUAAAUAAAGAGGAUUUAAUAGAUUGGGAAUACAUCAUAACUGGGAUAGAGCAAUCUUCUUAAUGGAUUAGAUUAUCGAGGCUUUUAUUUGAUCAGAGGUGAAAUCAUUAUCUCUUACCUGCAGCUUCUGUCACAGUCUGUUAUUUUACUGUUUUUUUUUCACCUUGGUAAGUACAUAUUCCAUUAAAAUUGAAAUUAAACUGAAUUUUAAGAAAUCGAGUUUGCACGUCUUGUAUUUCCGUGGCACUGCCCGGAUGCAGUCGAGGUCUGCCCCACGCUGCAGACAUGACCCCCGGUGCUCGGAGGGCUGAGCCGGUCUGCAGCCACCCUGCAGGCUUGUGCUUAAAAAGGGGCACUGGUAAAGGGGGUGGGGGGUUCCACUCCGUGUGUGGAGCCCAUCCCCACUGUGCCGCGACAUGCAGCAUUCCCAGCCCACUCCCACACACACACACACACACACACACACACACACACACACACACACACACACACACACACACACACACACACACUCCAGCAAAAACGCCCGUCUACCCGGCGGCGGCAGUGAGACAUGACAGCGAAGAGAGACGCUCCUCAGCCGUUCAGCGGUAGCAGGAAUCUGCGGGGAGCCGGAACGGAGGACCGAGUCCAGGCUAACCCAGACUGCUUCUCUGCUUCCUCUCGACAGGAGCCGGAAAAAGGGCCGGCGUCCGCGGUGGGGGUUCAUGCCAAUGUUGUGGGGGCUGUCUCCGGAUCCGUGGCUGCGGACGAGUCCUCCGACAGCGAAGCGGAGCAGGAAGGGCCCCAGAAACUCAUCCGGAAAGUGUCCACCUCAGGACAGAUCAGGAGCAAGGUAAGAAAGCUCUGUUUGAGUGUGUGAAAGAGUGAAUCUGAGCUCUGAAUUUCUCUGCUUUAUGACCUGACCUGACAGCUGGCUGGGGCUGAGGUGGGCUUCAGGAGCUUGUUGCCUUUUGUCACAGGGGUUGUUACUAUUUUCAUGAAGGACAGGGUUGUGUUGGGCUCAGUUGAAGCCCACAGUUUGAACUUUUUCAUGUAUAACUUGAACAAACAUAGAAAAAAGUCAAAAACAGCUCAAGAAAAACUCCUAAAAGUGGGUGUAAACAAAGUGAUACCUUCAGUUUAAGUGCAUUUGUGGUUAUUGCAUCAUUAGAGCAUGUCUUUACACUUUCCUAUUGCAUAAUCUAUCAGAUGUUAUCAUUUAUUUUUUAGUCAUGAAGUGCGCUGUAUUGUUUUGACUUCAUAAGCCCAUCAAAAUUGAACCAAAGUUUGUUUUCUCAUAGGAAAAGACAUGAAAAUACAGAUAUUUCACACUUCCAUGUGACUAAACAUGUACAGCAGAGAGAUUCAGACCAGCCAAAAUGAUAUCUAGUGUUUUGAUCAAGCUGUGUCUGACCUUCUGAGACUACGUCAGGGGCUGCUGAGCUGAUUCUUACCUGUGACACCUUACCUGUCUUGGCCCACUUCUCCUCCACACUGUAAACAAGCGUCCUCCUCCACUCACACCAAUGCGUCCACUUAAUUAUUGACUCUCCAGUCCACACUCCGCUUACAUUAUUCAGCACGGGGAUGUAUUUUUAGAGACGUGAGGCUCAGGAAUGUCUGGCCAGUUUCUUUCUUAUGCUAACUGACAACACGAGCGGGUGAAUGCAGCUCUGCCACGGCUGCAACUCACACUUUGAGUGGAUCAGGUGUUUUCUUUUUUGAUAAAAGUGUUUGAUCCUAAAGUUCGAAGUGAGAAGUGAGAGUCGAGAGCACCAUGAGAUUCAUGAAAAAGAUGAGCAAACAUUCAGAGGCAUUUAAAUAAAUAAGCUAAAACAAUGAAAAUAAAGAGAUGAUCCAAUCCUGCAAGUUUUUAGAAGCUCGAAAUUCAGAAAACUUGGCUCCCUGUCGGUUUUUCUCCUGCACUCACUUUAUGUUUUAAUGGACAUUGUUGUAGUUUUAGUCUGUUAGCUUUUAAGAAAAUUCUUGCUUUGAAUUUCUUGAAAUAAAUUUUUAUUUCUAGAUCUUUCUGGUUUGUGUAGCUUAUAUUAAAAGUAAUAAAAUAUCUAAAAAUGAGACAACCUCAUUUAGUCAGAUUUGAGUUUUUGCAGCGUAAAUAUUCUGAAUACUGAGUCUUAUUCUUGAGGGCAGAGAUUCUGGCAGGAUGUGACGUGUCUUUAAGGAAUACUUCGGCCACUUUUGCCAGCCGUGAGGUCAGGCUGUUUGACACCAAUAAGGCCAAGCGUACAAUUCUUUCUAUUUGCUUCCUCUCCUGAGCUGUGAUACCGUUAAACCAGACUGUUACUGAAAAGGUGAAGGUGGUGAAGUGUUGUACUUUCCAUGGCACAUACUCCAGUGAUAGUGAGAGUAUCAGUUUAAAAAACUACCUGGAAAGUGCAAGUACAGAAAAAGCAACUGAACUGUAGUGAUGUGAGUAAAUUAAAGAAAAGAAAAACAAAGCAAAUACUUAAAUUACAGCUGAAAACAUCAGAUUGAACUAUGGAAUUUGAUAAAUCUUGAAAUAUAUGUGUCAUAUAAGUUGUUGUAAAUUCACUUCAUGUUAGUUACAAACAGCUACAGCAUCAUUAUGUUGCUCUCUGUCAGGUGGUAGUACUUUCUAUGACACAUACUCCAGUUGUAGUGAGAAUAUUGGUUUUAAAAACCAUUUACAAGUACAGAAAAAGCAACUGAACUGCAGUGACCAAUUACUGAGUCCUUUUCUAGGUAGUUUUUCAAACCGAUACUCUCACUAUUACUUGAGUAUGUGCCAUUGGAAGCACUACACUUCACCACAGUCUGGUUUAAUAGUAUCACAGCUCAGGAGAGGAAGCAAAUAGAAAGAAUUGUACGCUUGGUCUUAUUGGUGUCAAACUGCCUGACCUCACAGCUGGCAAAAGUAGCCCAAAUAUUCCUUAAAGACACUUCACAUCCUACCAGUCAGUAAAAACAUAGAAAAUUCUUGCAUUUAGAGCUGAAAUGAUCAAAUUUGAACUAUGGAAUUAGAUAAUUAUAUGAACAUAUGUAUCAUAUAAAUUCUUGCAAAUUCAUUCCUUUUCAUUACAAACAGCUACAGCAUCAUUAUGUUGCUCUCAGUCAAGUGCAGGUGAUCUAACAUGAAGGUGCAGAGACAGAUCCAGCAUGAGACACUCUCUUUCUGCUGAUUGUGUGAUUUCCUGACAGAGGGGGUUAAAGCACAUCCAGCUGCAGGGAUCCCGGUUGCAUCUGCAGGUGUAGAGUCUAGAUAGACGCGAUCAGUUGUGCCGAACUCUUUCACCCACGCAGCUGUCAUAAAAGGAGGAGAUUUCUCCGUCUAUAAUUGUAUCAGCGUGCUGAGCGUGUUGACGCCGUGCUCACAAAGGUCUCUGAGUUGUUGCCGUGUGGGGGUCAGUGGGUUUUCUCUGUCACAGUGUGUGUAUAUGCUAAGGCUUGCUAAUGGAUCAUGCAGGCACUGACUUACUGAGUGUUGUUCCACCGGUUUGUUUGCACAGCUCUGGACUCUGUGCGUGUGUGUGUGUGUAUGUGUGAGACUUAUGAGUGUGUACGCUGCUCCAUCUUAUCGUCUGAGUCCCUCCACUGUCUCUCUGCUGCUUUGGUUGCCACAGACAACCACAUCUCUGCUCACUCCUCGUGUGCCUCCAUGGAGAUGCUGCCUGUAAAAACAGCUGCUUUAGUAAGCGUCAGAAGGUGUCCCUACGAGGUUUCCUCUAGGUGAACCUCUCUGUGUUUUCCUUUGGUGCAAAAUAUCGGGAGAAAGUUUGAAGAUAAACAUGUCUGUAAAUCAAUCCAGAGAACGCGUGAGAAAGGAAAAGGAAGCACAUUUUCAGAAACUUGACAGCUAAUCCAACCCAGCAUGGAGGCGAUAAAAGCCUUUCUGUGUCGUAGGAAUGUAAGAAAAAGCUGCAAGUGGUGCUGGUGUUUACUUCCGAACUCCUGCAUGAAAGCUGUCAUGAAAUUUAAAUGAAAGAGGCAUGCAAAUAUAACUUUUAUCUCUAAAAAAUAGAUCAUAAAAUCAAAAUUCAAACCUGUUUUAUCUCUGUCUCUUUCCUGCAGCUGUAAUCAUUACAAAGCCUGUGCAGAGAUAUAGAGAAUAUGUCAACAAAUGUUUAUAGCAAUUUAAAAACCCACCACAGCAAAUCAAUAUAUCGGCAGCUGCAGUUGUUGUUGCUGCAACAGACAGGAGAGAAUGGGUAUCAUUUCCCCUUGAGAUCUUUGAGGAGGAUAUCUGACUCGUCUGCACACGGAGAGAACUUGAUACUCUCUUGUAUAGAUGCUUUCAUUCCCUCUCUGUAUUUCUGCCUCAUGCAAUCGAUGCAAAAUGUAUCUUUAAUCGAUUUAUUAGGAUUAUUACUCCGUGAGAGAGCGCACGUCUCUGCAGGACUUGGCUGCAUAUUUCUGCACACAUGUUACGAUUUGGUUCAGGUCAUGUUGUUGCCUUUUCUCCCAUCAUUCCUCUGUCUUCUCAGGCUUUUCGGUUGCAGCUGAAGAGAGCUCAUAAACUUGUGACUAAUUCUGUCUCUGUGUGAUUGAAAGCAGAGCUGAUGGUGCGUUGGAGCUUUCUUUAGCUGCUGUUGUUGUUCAGGAGACUGACUGUGGAGAACUGUGCUUAUUGAGCUGGGAUUUGCAUGAAAAUAUCCACCUUUGGUAUAAGCCACCAUGCAUGCUGAGUUAUGACCGUGUUGCAUCUUUCUUUGGUUUGAAGGUAUGCUGUUUUUUGCAGCCUGUGUCUCUUUCAGCUGCUUAAAUUUAGACCCCACUGAGCAUUUUUUGGUCUAAAAGAGGUCUAAUAGACAUCUAAAUGUAGUCUAGACGACUGGUCUAAAAUCAGGCUACCACAGGUCUAAAAAUGAAAGUUUUCAGACGUCUAAAUUUAGACCGAGUUUAGACUAGCCAGCUAACAGAGGUCUACCAGUAUAUUGCUCAACACCUAUCAAAAUUAUUUUGGUUUAGUACUUGGAGAUCAGUUAUGCAACUCACAGUUGCUUUUUGAAAUAAAUAUUUAUCGAAUAGCGGGUUAAAGUGCAACGUCUAAAUUCCGUCUACGGAUAUACAGAAUCUAGAUGGUUGAAAUUAGGUCUAAAAAAUAACUAGAUGUCUAAUAGCCAUCUAUUGCUCAGUGGGACCUCUCUCUCCAUGCACGAUCACACACCACUUUCUAAUGUGGCUCUCAAGUCGUGCAAAGUUUGGCCCUCCUCGGUCCAAAGCUGCAGCUCAGUCUAAUUGCCGGUCUCAACAAAAUCACGUAACAUCUCCUGUAUUGUCCUGACACAUGUAGAACUCCCCGUGUGUGUGUGCUCCGCUCGCACAAAGGCGAUCACAGACAGGGGGAUUAUCACUUCCACGCUAAAGGACAGUAAUUUUCCCAUCAUGACGGUGAAAUUUUAGCAUGUAGUGGGAGUCGGAGGAGGCAGAGAGUUACAAUUACACUCCACAGAGAGCGUGGCAUGCUGAGAGAGCUACAAGAGGGUGGUGGUGGUGGAGAUGUUUCAUGAAGACAGAGAGAAAGAAACUGAGAGGUUUCUCCAGCAGCGCUCUCUGAAAGACGUGAUUGUUGUGGUUCUUCCUGAGGAAUGACAGAUGAUUCAGUAAUGGAGGUUUAACUGGGAGUAAAUACAGGAAUGAUCCAGAAACAGUGGGCUUCGCUUAGUCAGCACCCACUAAAGCAAAGACGGAUAAGUAUGCAGUCUUCUUCAUGGACGCACCAAUUACUCUCACAGCAGUUUAAUGUUUUCUGUCAUGAGUUAAAAUCCCCAGACAGGGAUCUGUUUUGUCCUUGCGAGCUGAGAAAUCUCUGUUUGUCUGCUCGUAGGAGUAAGUUAGAUGCAUUUAAUGGGUUUUUGAGACACAGGCCCUUUAUUGGAUAAAAUGCCGGGUUAACAGGGCAGGAGGCGAUGGGGGGAAAAGAGCCGUUUUCAUUGUUUAAACAAGAAACUACAGCACUAAUAAGUUCGAGGUCACAGCUAACACAGACGCAAACUCUGAAAUUUUCAUUUUAACUUUAAAGAGCAGCAUGCUGAUGUUUUUGCAGAAGUUUUCUCUCUUCACUGCUUACAAAAGGCAAAGUGUUAAAACAGCGAAUCACUAAAUGUCAGUAAAUACAGGUUGACCAGAAGAUGUAAACAAGCUGUUGGCUUGUGAAGGACCUGAUCUACAUAAAACAGUUUCUAGGUCCAAGCUGAGGCCAGUUUCUAAUACACUGCAGUGCUGUCUUUCUUCCUGUUUUGCACAGAUCCGAGUCUAAACAGACCUACAUUUGUGUUUUUACUGAUAUUCAUGUGAUGAGGAAGAAAAGAAGAGUUAGUUAUAGUUCAUUUCAAAAGGAAACUUCUGUUAAGCUCCAUGAUUACAGUCAGUGAGUUAAUUUUUUCAAACUUAAUGUUUCCUUCAAAACAUUUAAAAAGAUUCUCUUGCAGAACCAAACAUGCAAAUAUCAUUUACCUUGUAUUAUCGAUUGAAUAAGUAAUCAAUACAAUCAAUGCUCUAUUUUCUGCAGUAAACAAAAUCUAAUUGCAUAACAAGCACUGACUUUUUGUUAAGAGGUUCAUUUGUUUUAAUUUACAGAUUUUUGGACAAACGUUUUUAAUUCUUGUGUCACUUUUUUGGAAAUUAUCAUCAGUUGCAUUUACAAAUCCACAAUCCCAUUUAACAUUGGGGCAAUUCUGUCCACACUUGGGUUUAUUUUAUGAAAGGUCCAGGUUACAAAAUGUGCAAUCCUACCUGAUCAGGUAAAAACACUUCCCCCUCUUUAAGAAUCCCUGCAGUUUGAGUUAAAACACCUCCUGGUUCCUGUAAAACAAAGUGUGCUGCAGCUUUAGGGAAAGAGAGGCGAUAAAUUGUAAUAAAGGAGUCCCGAGUUUUAGUUCAUAGAUGGUCAUAGAUGGUGGUGCAUGAACUAAAUAUGUGAGUUUGACUGACUCAACGUCUGUUUAUCGUCAAAGGAAGGACACAGGUCUACUCUGCUCUCUCCAUUUAGUCUUUCAGGGAACUCCUGCUCAGCUCUUAUCCACCGAGCACAGCUGCUGGACUCAUUUGAACCGCCUGUGCCUUUUGUCUAUUGUGUAAGCAUGCCUCUGUGAGUGUGUGUGUGUGUAUGUGUAUGUGUGUUUUAUGCCUCUUUGUGUGCGUGUGUGUGACCCUGUCAGUGGCCAGGCAGUGUGGGUGUAAGGUACAUGGUGCUCAGGUUACUCAUUUCUCUCUGGCACAGGACUGGCUCUGUGUCUCAGCAGAGAGGAGGCGAGCGGAGCAACUAUUUAUAGAUCACUUCUGGCCUACUUGGCAACAGGAAGGAGAUGGAGACAAGGGAAAAGAACUAUGGAGGCCAAGGAGGGACAAAAUAGAAAAUAGAACGAGGAACUGAAGCAAAGUCACUUCUGCUGCUCCGGCUGUGCAGAGAGAUUUAAGUUUGACUGAAAACUUUGAGAAGUUUUUCUCCAAAAAUGCGACAACUGUUGAGGAAAAAAGCACGACUCUUUAAGGGCCUGUGUCCACUGAAGGCUUUUAUUUGCACCAGCAGUACCUACAACCUCAAUUUCAGAGAGUUUCUAAGUAGUGUCAUUGCAAAAAGAAAAAACAAAUUGUGUCACAGCAUUGGCAGAAGUUAUAAACCUGGAAAUCGUACUUCCAAAAAUCAGUGUGAUUGGUCUGUCGUCACCAGAGACCUCUGUUGUUUCUGACAAAGUUUGGAAUGACAGUCUCGCCCCUUCUUACUAGUGAUUGGCCAAUGAUGGAGACAUGACACCGACAAGCAAAGUGAUGUUUUUAGUAGAGCUGGACAAUCAAUUGGAUGUCAAUUGAAAUUACAAUUUUGUCUCCCUCAAUCAUCAAAAUUUAAUAACUUAGACUGAAUGAUAUUAUGCCAUCUGCUGCGUCGCCCCUCCUACCUUCUCAAAACCCGCCCUUUCUUCUUUAACAGCAGAGCAUGGGCGUGGCCCCUCCCCUCAAACAGCUCUCACGAUCACCUCAUUAUACGCAGCUCGGAUCAAUGAAGAACAAGUUUUGAAGCAUGAGGAAGUUGAGGCUCCCAACCAUAGACUGUAUAUAAAAUGAACAGUCUCUUGCUGGGUGAAGCCACUCUGAGAACAGCACCCUCUGGUGACGGGCUGCAGUAUAGGUCAUAAGUCCUGCCUCUGCCAGCAAAGCUUAUGGAGCUGUGGACAAACUUUAGAAAUUUAUUACAGUUUCUCCCCCUGGUUGCGAUGUUGACAUAAAGUUACUAUAAAACUGUUUUGUGCUCAAGUCCUCUUUUUUUCUGUGCAGCUCUGUUUUUUAAAGUUAUUAGGGGGUUUAUAUUUUCUAUGAUUGACACUUUAUACAGCCUAUGGGUGUAUGAAGAUUGCAUAGCUCACCCAGGGGAUACACUGUUUUAGCCGAGUGUCAUCGCAGCAACUCUAGGCGACUCUCCCGCCGUAUGCGCACAAUGCUACUGUGCAAUGUUGGUUUCAGGAAGUGGAGAAAAAACACUGAAUUACAGAGAGCUUUUCGGCUUCAAAUCUGUAACUGGCGAAAGGCGGAAACCAAGUUGUCCAUACAGUUUAUGUUCCCAACAAGAUCAGUGGUGAACCAUUGUAUCUUAACAUGUUGUGGUACAACGGUACAAAUUAUCAGGCCGCCACAGGUGGAGAGAGGAGAGCAGAGAGAGGAGCAGCAGGAGGAGGAAGGUGAGUUUCAGGUGCUGCCAAAUGCAAUAAAUGCCACAAGUGGACACAGGCCCUUAAGAUGCAACACUUUUCUAUUUUCCAGUAGUACCAGAGAUUUUUGAAGAAGGGAAAUAAAUUGUUUAUUGCAGAUUAGGUAUCAGGUAAAAAAUUGAUCUGAUUCCUGUUUUUAGUCAACAGUUUAAGUGACUUAAAACUGCACCUAACAUGAAAAGUGGACAGAAGUGUAGCGCUCCUAUAAAAGGCCUCUCUAGAGUCUUUGACGGACUGGAGAGGAUCAUCUGAGGACCACUUUAAGCCAACUUCAGUAAAAGAAUUUAAUUUAAGACCUGUGAGAGAACUCUUCCCGUAAAUGAAGAUUUAGGGGCAGAACAACACACAAAAAAAGGACUACAAACAGCAACUCCCCUGAGACGGCUGUCUACCUACGUUAAUUCCCAGCUUCCACUCUCCGUAGGUACGCCUGAAGUUAAAAUUCCUGUGGUGGAUUAAGGUGAAAUACCUCGAUGUUGACUUCCCUAAAAGGACUUAUAGCUGCCUGCCUCAGACUACAAAGUGAAGUCAUCUUCUUAUUUAGAGACUUGGGAAAGAGAAGGUGAAGGAGAUCUGCUCCUGGAGAAGCAGGAGGCAGAGCGGCGUAAAUAUCCCUCUGAACAUGCAAACAUAAACACAUCUCAUGACGUACGGCGAGCUGCUUUGGCUAAUCCAGCUGGAAGAGAGGGAGAGCGCAUAUGACCGAGGAGCUUAAUGAACACCUCAUGACUGAUGCAGACAAACACACACACACAGACACACACACGCGCACAAACACACAGAGCGGGAAGCUGUGUCCUCCAAAUGGGGCAGUUGAGUCAUUGCACAUGGAGUAGACUCAGUGUGUAUUUUUAUCGCCAGGAAAACCCGCUGUUGCCACACCACGUUUGACUUCAUCAGAGGACGACUGAGAGAAAUUUCACACAACCAAACAUCUCGUGAAAAUAUUUAUGGGAGUAGAAGUCUGACGUCAAUAUGUGGACUUAUGUACUGGUUUAUAAAUAAAAAUACUUCAACUAACCACACAGCAAGGUUCUGGUAUGAGCUUCUGCUGCUGUUUUGUUGCAGUUCGAUUGGUUGGUCAGUAUUAUUUGUAGUUUUCAAAAAUCCCUUCCCUUAAAGAAAUAAAUUUAUCAAGUCUUAAGCAUCCAAAAAUCUCCUGCUUCUACUCUUUUUAUCAUCAGAGAACAUCUCAGACUUCGCUGUCUGAAGGGUUUUUAUGGUUUCAGUUGAUUAAGCGUUCCCUACCCAGAUCAACCCAAAUCGUACAUUUAGGCCUGAGUCGCCAGUCAUAAAAAUAUGUUUUUGUUAGGAGUUUUUUCAGGCACAAAUGUGAUGAAAAUAAGUUCUAACUUAGAGGUUUGAGGGCAGAAACCUUUGAAAAACAUUUGAAUAUUUGACGGUGUUUAAAUUCCCGGACAUGACAGGAGAAAAUUAAGAAAGUUUGUUUUCGGUAAUUUGGCCGGAGCAAGACUUUUGAGCUGCAGCAAAGAAAGUGACACCAAAGUUCUCAUGAGUUUUCGUCAUUAGUAAAAGUCUUUGUGGUUAUUCCAGUCUGGUUCAGCUUCAUGCACUUUGACAUGCAUGCAUGCAUGUGUGUGUGUGUGUGUGUGUGUGUAUCCAGAUGUAUGCUACAGCAGUGUUUCUGUGUUUAAGUUGACACAGCUGGUGGGCAGGAUGUCAAAUGCAGGCUUCAGUCUCUGUUUGUAAUUCUCCCCUUAGAGAGCAGCCUUCCUCUGCUAUAAAUAACCUCUGCGUGUGUGUGUGUUUGUGUGCGUGCAUGUGUGUGUGUGUGUGUGUGCCCCACCUCUCCUCUGUGUGCCCAUAGAGAAUGAUGUUCUUCCUCACGCAGCAUUUCCAUCUGUGUGCAUUUUAUCUUUCUCUGUGUCCACUCUUCCAUGCGUCGCUGUAUUUGCUCUAUGCAUGUGUGUGUGUGUGUGUUUGUGCGCAUGUGUGUGUAAAGAUGAUGGAGCUUGUAAUGAUGAUGACUUUGUGUACUGUGUUGCACAUGGUGGGGAGAUGAUUUGAUGUGACAGCACGUACAGAAACACAUAAAGUCUUGCAGAAAAACAGCCUGUCUUUCUUAGUCUUCCUCUUCUCUCUGCAGCUCUUCUGCAUUUUUCUUCCUCUCCUCUUCCUCUUCUUCCUCUGCUUUGCUUUGCUUUCAAAAAUAACCAACAUGUGGAAGUCUUUUUUUAGAUCGUCAAACGUGAAUGCUGGAAGACACAUUUCUGUGUGCUUGAGCUGCUCAGAAGCUCUCAAUGGGACUCUGUCCUCUCUCUUUCCUCUCGUAUUCAUUCUUUCUUUCUCUCUUUUUCUGCACGUCAUUAUUUUUUUCUCUCUGGCCGAAGGAGAGAGGUUGAGUGAGACUGAUGUGUGUUUAUAGCUAUUCAGAGAAAUAAGUGGUGUGUGUGCGGGUAAUGGGAUUUCCUUCUUCUCUGUUUUUUGGCCUUUUCCUCGUCUCCCAUGCAUGAAAUUGAUGCCCGAAUUCAAACACACACACACACGCAUAAAAAGUGCACAUAUUUUCUCUUUCCUGCGGUUAAACCCAAGGUGGUGUUGUGCAUCUAAAAGACUACAUCUUUUAAAGAGAUGAAAGAGUAACUUCUAUUUUUCCCUGUCUCUCUUUUCCCUGCAGACGAGCAUAAAGGAGGGGUUGUUGUUGAAGCAGACAAGCUCGUUCCAGAGGUGGAAAAAGCGCUACUUCAAACUUAGAGGACGAACUCUCUACUACGCCAAAGAUGCCAAGGUAAUCUCACCCUUUGGUCCUGCUGAAGUGUAAAUAUUCAGCCCUAGUCAGUGGCUGGUUAACUUAGUUAAGCACAAAGACUGGAAACAGAUGGAAACAGCAAACUUGGCUGUGUCUGAAGGUAUCCUCCCUGGAUUUGAACACUGGCUUUUGGCUCGCUCUGGUUUUUGACUUCUUCCUGACUGAUCUCAGAUGCAUGUUUGAAUUCUUCUGCAGCACAACAUGACAUUCAUUUUGUAAACCAUGGUUCUAUUAAAAGGUCCCAUAUAGUGGUAAUCUAGUGCUAUGCGUAUUGAAAGCAGAGUUUUCAAUUCAGCUACAAAUGCAUCAUGAAUCAAGCCUCUGUGGAGGGUCUGCAGCCUCUCAGUUUCCAAUCCUCUCGUCUGUGCGGUGAUCUAAGCGGGUACGGAUGUUCUGAUAAUUUGGUGCUGCUCUGAUUGGCAGCUUAAAUGUUGGGCAACAUACAGAUUUGUGCAGUCAGAUGCAGAGGUGGAAAAACGCCCCCGAAAUUUGGCGAAUACAACCCAGAAUCUGACCUUGAGUGGGCAGCCAGGCCACAAUAGCCACAUUAAUAAAGGAGGAGGUGAAGUCAGUUGAGGAGUGGGAGUUGUUUUGCAUGCAUGCUUAUGCAGUUCACUCAGCUUGUUGUGUCACCACGGGAGCAAAUUCAAACAGCCUUGUAGACGUGCUGUUUAUCAAAAAUCAGCAGGCUACAGAAACAAUGCAGAGGCUUUCUGUCUCUCUACAUUCUCAGGGUUGUCAGAUUUAAGGUCAACUGAAAUCUUUUUGGCAAGAAAAAAAAUUAUUAUUUUUUUAUUAUAUGUGACCUGGAAGAGUAAAAUAGAUGACAAGGUCCCCUGUUCAGCUUUAAGUUAAUUGUAAAUACCCUCAGAGGUGUCUGCAUUUACCUUUUAUUUCUGUAAAAUCACAUUAAACAGCACGAGCACCAACACUGCAGGCGUUUUUCUGGUUUUAUCCCAUGACUUUUGUCUGAACUUACAUAGAAACAAUUUCCUUUUCCAGGAUGAUAAACAGAGCUUAGGUCCAUUUGUCUUAUCUGCAAGUCUUUUUCUUGGUAAAUCCAGUUACUUCCUGAACUUUGUUUGGUUGCCGAGUGACUGAUCUUGGCAUAGUGGUGUAUUUUUUUAAUUAUUGAGCAAUAGUGGAAAUAAAGGGCUUUUUUAACCUUCAGACAGAGCCAGGGUUGCUGUGUUCCUUUUUGUUUCUGGUCUUUAUGCUGGUUUAUUUUUUUUCCCUUACCAUAUGAUCCUUAAAAUCCAGAUAGUUUUCUGCCCUCUGUAUAAUUUUCUAUCUUUUUUUAUUCCUACAUCUUUCUAAGCAUUUGUUCUCCCUCUGUUUUAACAUGUUUUUUUAAUAGUUUUGAAUUUUUGACUUUAUGUUGACGUCUUUUUCCCGUUAACCUCUAACCUGACCCUCCUGGUCUGGACCAUGUAUGUGUGUUUGUGUGUGUGUUCUUGUGUGUGUGUGUGUGUGUGUGUGUUAGUCCGGCACGGCCCUGGCUCGCUGGCAGGAGCGCGCGCUGCGCAGGGUGUCCAGGAGUCGUGUGUGCUGGCGAGUUCUGUCCGUGUGCUGGACGGGUGCGCGGCGCUCCCCUCCACCUCUGGGUGUCAGCGGAUCUGAGGAGGGCCUAGUGAGAAUCCGGGUCAGCACAGUGCAGCCAGGGGCCAGAGGGCCAGUCUUAGAGUCAUAAGGUUACCUGUAACAUAGAUAACGCUGCAUUCAUGCCAGAUGGGACAUUCAAGUGUUUGAUCAUCCCAACAUGGAAAAGUGGAAUGUAAAAGAACUUUUUUGUCAAUCUGAAAGUGAGGGAGGGCAAAGCUGAAAACAACCUCACCAAAUAGCAUGAAUGCAGCGUAUAUGGAAAUAGAAAUAAAAAGAUUAUAUUCCCAGGUCGGACUGCAAACCACAAGCAAACUCAAAGCCUCCCUCACGAGGGGUUUAGGCUCCUGAUGUUUGUCAUUGUGUGCUGCUUGUCCACACUGAUGGUUAAGGUGUCUCUUAAUGGCCAUGAAGAAAAAUUAAAAACUUAAUUUUCUUCCAAAAGUUUUGCUGAAUACUCGUGUUGGGCUGUUUACAAAAAGUGGACGUAGCCUAAGGGUUGUAAAAGUAAAACCAACGAAAAAGCCCACCAAAUACAUGACCUACCCUCUUAAUGAGUUUAUGAUCUGCUACUAAUUUUAAGUCUUUAAGGCAGCAUAAUGUGACUUUUGUUCAUUAUGGUGCCAUUUAGAGUCAACUAGGUGAUUAACUGGAGUAUAUUUUAGGGUGUGGCCUGUGAUUGGGACCUUUGAUUGACAAGUUGCUGCCUUGGCAACCUAGUCCAAAGAGCCAUGGUUCAUCGUGUUGGACCUCUGAAGCUGAAAUUUAGAAAUUUAUCAUCCAGAGUGCCCCCCAGAAGUUGGAAUUCCAACUUGGAAACUGAUCUUGAAUUCCUAGAUGGAUAACCUCAACACCAACAUUAAAAUGGCUCUAAAUGUAAUAGUGCUUAUUAUCAGUCUAGUCUUAUAUUGUGUCACAAUAAUCCAUCAAACCAUCUUCAUAGAUUUCAUAAUAAUUAAGUACAGAUUGCUGUGUCCACUUCUUAUUUACAGCCUCCAGUUAUUUAAUAAUUGGACCCUCAUAGAUAAGUUAGUUCCCUACAGAGAUGAUAGCCUCUAUUGAUAAGAGUCCAUUCCUGACAUGUCCAUCACUCAGGUGUCUCCACGGUGGCCUGGCUGGCUGUGCUGCUCUGUGUUUGGAAGCCUGAACUCCUACUCGAUCCAUCAGAGAGGCUUCAUGUCAGCUCUGCAGUUUGUCCACGGAGCAUGGCUGCUCUCCUCUUUUAGCUGACAGGCUCAGGUUUAGUAUGUUAAUGUCUUACAGAAUAACGGGAAAGUCCCCCAUAGAGAUCCUAUUUAGCCAAAUGGUUUAGUAAUGAACAAGGAAACACACAGUUAAUUGUGGGAACGCUGCCACCGGUGUCACAAAGCGAGUGGAUUUUACUGCAAGUCAUAACGUUCUAUUUUUAUGGGGCGUUCACACCAAGCGCGAGUAAAAUCAUCUACUCGCUUAAUUCGCACAAAUCUAGACGCGUGAAUGAAUAGUAUUUACUAGCUUCAUUUGUGUGUCAAUGGUAAUUUCAGCGUUAUUUCCUGCCCGUUUUUUUUACUAUUUACUAGGUAAUCUGAUGGUAUUCAGGGUUUGCUAAGAUAUUCCCUGUGUUUCCUUCCUUUAACAAGUCAGUCCUGUAAACUUACAAUCUGAGCUUCUCAGUCACACAAUCAUGAACUUUAGUGGACAUGCUGUGAUUUGGGCACUUAUGUUAAAGCCCAUACUACUGCUGUUGGAUGAAGAAAGCAUGUUUCAAAUGUUUCAAAAAAAAGCUGAAAAUUUGGCUCAGAUUUACAUUUUGAAACUCCUUUUAAAGGCAUGGUUGACAAUCUGAAAAGCAGUUGAAAAAACUGAGCCGUGGAGGUAGAUUUGAAAAAACGUCCCAUCCCCCAUACGCAAACCUCUCCCCCCCGAACCUGUAUCGUUUUUUAGGUAACAUGUGCCACGAUAAAAGGCAAAAAUUACCUUAAUCUUGGUCACAUUUCCUCUUCGUCUCUUCCCUUUCUUCUGUCGGCUUGCGUUUUCUUAUCACUUUUGGUGAUGGGGCAAGCAGAAGUGUAGCUAAGCUGCUACGCUACUUUUAGCCGCUCAGAGCUCCAAGGAGGGCUUGGAGAGUGGGAGGGGACAAGUAGGAAAUACAGGAGAGGUGAUUGGAUGGAGAGGCGGAGCAGGAGAUUUACUAAUAGGGGCUGUCCGGGACAUGAUAUAUAUAUAUUUUUUGUAGAAUGGUAGGGGAAAGUCCCGCCUCCUUCACCUCUGAUUGGCUAAAAAAGAUGGAAAUGUCAUCACACGCUCAAGCCAAACGCCUGCUGUCGGCUCUGUACAUCGAACAGAACAUUACAGAACAUUAUCGCACUUCUGAAUCUCCUGACCCUAACCGGACAGACAAUGAUGAUUCACUGCCAUAAGGAAUAACCAAUCAAAGCCCAUCACUUCUAGCCAAUCAGAGGUGAAGGAGGGCGGGACCUUCCCCUAUCUUACAAAAAAAAUUCGCCUUCAGGACAGAUGGCUCCCAUUGGUCAAUGUUUUUGCAGCUGCUAGAGUGAACAGAUUUUUUUCAUUCUUUUUCCUCUUAACUUUGUGAAAAUCGCACUAUAGGACCAUGAUCGCCAUAUAAACGAGGUUCAUAAUAAUUACCAAUCUCUUCAAUUGUCAACCACGCCUUUAAAAGUCAGAAUAGUAAGAAGAGAAAACAAAAUUGAAACACUAUGAGAUGGUGUAAAGUGAAGGUUAGAAACACUGUGGUGUAGCUGAGAUGAAGCCUCUGAGUUCAGCUCCGGAUCUGUGAGUCACUGAGGGUCUGGACGCUCGCCUUUGUCCACCAAUCACUGUCAGCUUUCAUUACAGCUUCCUCUCAGACCGUCCAGUGUGUGUUCCCACACGUAUGCGAGUGUGCUGGUGGUGUGUCGAGUGAGUGAAAGAGAAGGAGUGUGUCUCAGGGACUGCAGGAAUUAAUCACACACACACACACACGCUCGCACAAACAGACGCACACAUGAUGUAACGGUGCAGCAGAGCACGGCGCUCCAACAGAGGGGACAGUGUUUGUGUUGGCGUGCCGCUCAUACUUCUGCCCUUUUGGCCGACGCUCAAUACACACAUUCACAUACACACACACUUGUAGGCAUAUGUGGAAGUGCUCUGACACAUGCUCCCCCUUUGACACACACACACACACACACACACUCCCUCUCUUUCUCUCUCUCUCUUUUACACACACACACACACACACACAGAGUAAGUGUUGGCUGGUGUCCCUCUGCAGCCCGGCCUGAGGGAGCGUCGUUAACUGGGCAUUCCCUCUGACAGCUGCAGCAGCUCAUUCACACACACACACACACUCCCACACACACCCACUCACACAGAUACACACAGUCAGAGGGCAUUCCUUUGACGACAUCGUGUUUUUGGCCCGCGGCCCUCUAAGAGCUCAGCUGUGUGCCUCAUGCAUCACAGCUCUGUUCGAGAUCCUGUUGCAGUGUGCAGACUCUGGCUCUCCUCUCUAUCUGUCUGUCUGUCUGUCUGUCUUUCUGCUCGUCUGCUGGCUGUAUCUCUGCAUCGACUCGGCUCAUCCGCCUCUUACAAAUUCAAUAAGACACAUCAGGAUUUACCGCCCUCGUAUUCAUACUUUCUUCUCCAAGAGCAGAGUCAAAACAAAGGAAACUGAAGAGGGAAUCCUCUCUUCUGCAGAGGAGGUUUGGCGUGCAACGUUGCAGUGAAGUGCCUCCUUGACCACGAAAUAAUUAUCUUUAAGUGGGAGUAACAAAUUGGUCUCAAUUUUCCCCACCACACUUUAUAAAUCUUUCACUGCAAAAACCAUCAAGUAUUAACAUCUGUCUGCAAAUGCUGCUGCACUUUAUUGGAGAUUUCUGCCUGAAAACUCAAACAAACUCAGCCAUGGCCAACAAAAAUGUCAAUUAAAAUGCAUCAACUAUGUUUUAAAGUCCGAAAUUCUUAACCAGCUGUGGGUUUUAGAAGAAUCCUUCAAAGAUGGAGAUGAUUCUCAAACUGUUUUCAGAUGUGCGCUACGGGAAAUGUCCAGAAAGGGGAGGGUAUCACAGGAAGCUGACGAUGAUGUCAAAUGACCGUUUUCGGGAACAUCCUAAAAAUUCCUGAAAUUCACUCCCAGAUUGAACCUCCUAGCCCCCUGAUAUCAUGUCAGGAUAAAGAUCAGAUUAACUCACACCAGAUGACUGUAAUGCACACAACUCCUGUUUCCUUUAUUUUUACUGAACUUGACAAAUCCUCCACUUCCUGUUCGCUUCAUUUAAAUAAAAACUUCCUAAGUAUCAUUUCUAUUUAGCGCCGUUUCCCGGCAUCAUGUAUUGUGGAAGUCAUUUUAAACCAACAUUAAACACAACUACAGAAUAAGAUAGUUGGUAACGUGUGUCAUACCUGAUUAUUUCAAACGCUACCUUUUAAGACUUUGACUGAAGUUUUUACCUCUUUCAUUUUAAGGCCUGCUUUGCUGAAGCAUUCCUCUCACAACCAAUCACAUUUCUCUCCAUGAAUUUAAGUUACGAUAAGGUAACCAUUUGAAAAAUACAUGAUCCAAAAAGCUCACUCUCCUCUCUCUUUUUACUCCCUCUUCUCUCUCCUCCUCUUCCUCGUCUCCGCAGUCUCUUAUCUUUGACGAGGUGGACCUGUCGGACGCCAGCGUCGCAGAGUCAAGCACAAAGAAUGUCAACAACAGCUUCACGGUGAGUUUUACCUGCAGACCUGACACCAACACACAUGUAAAGAUAGUGGUUUCAGUUUGGAGGUUACAGGCAGAGUUGAAAGUUUAAGAGUUGAUGUCAUGUGUCUUGUUUCUUGAGAUAACUGGGCGAUAACCCGAAAUUUACAGAGACCAAAAUUUACGACAAUAACCAACGUCAUUUUGCCCAUGUCAAUAUAUUUGGUGUCAAAAAACUAGAUAAAUCAAAGUUGGUUUUUGAUGUGUGUAGGUAGGCUAUAGUCUCAUGUCCCUUUAACCCAUAAAGACCUGAACCCUGUCUGAGACACGCCUCUGAAAUCCUGAGGGCAGUUUUGAGAAUGUCCCCCAGAUCCUGAGGUUUUCUUAAGUGUUGAGGUUUACAAAAAAGCUGAUAUCUCGGCCUCUGUAGUAGAUAGAAACAAAAUUCAAAAAGUAUUUGAGAGCUUACACAUGUGGCUUUCGAGAUAUUAUUUUUCUAAACCUUUAUCACAAUAUUGAAAACCUCAAAUAAAGCAGCUGUGUAAAUAAAAGUAAAGACUCUGUACUGGAGAAUAACAAACAAUUUGCUUUCUGUAAAAGUGGCAGUCAUGAUAAAGUGUCCAUUUAAUUCAAAUGUAAAUAUAAAAAAAAUAAAGUGUUGAAGGGGUAUGCAGCUGCCCUAGUAUAGUGCCAGUACAAAAGCAUCACUAAAAACUAAAUAAUAAAUAUAUGAAUUUGUUACCGACAGUGUGUUCAUCUCUGUGCUCACCAAAAGUCAUGCAACACUCAGAGAAAAUUCUGAAAGUGUGAGCCAAAGCACUCAAUAUGAAGAGGUUGUUCACACUGCUGGAUGCUUCUCCUCCAAAGCUGCUCUCUACCUCUGCCAUGGUUUACUUUCCUCACGAAGCACGCAGCAAGAUCUGAGCUUGAAUCCGAUCUUUAUUAAGCUUUAUUAGCCUAUCAGAGGCAGACGGGUAUGAUGAUUUGAUUCGUCACAACUCAAGAAAUGACUGAAAAACUACAAAAUGUUACAAAAUGACGUAUCCGCGUUCCCGGCUUGAAGGGUAGAAAUGCGUACACGCUGUCCUGGUUUAAAUUGGUUAAGACACUGUCCUACGUCGGAGACAUGACUCCACCCCAUCCAGUCCGUAACAAAGAGGGAAAGACAGGUGAGGAGAUGGAGGAUGGUUCUAAAGUUGUAGCGUCUGAAGUUGACAAAGUUAAUGUGGGAGGGGGUGAGCAGCUUGUGAAGUAGUUAUUGUCCAUUUAUCAUUAUUGAGGUGUACCACUCAAUAUAUCGUGAUAUUGAUUUGAGGCCAUGUCACCCAGCCCUAGUUUCUGGUGUGUUUUUGAAGAGUUAUAUCAGUCCGCUUUUUCACCUUGCGUAAAUUCAGCUCGAGGUGCAUCACGAUUUACCAGAAAAGCAACCUUGCCCUUGGGGGGAUAAUGAUUCACCUGCUCCUUAUGUUUCUGUCACACGCUGCUCAUCACGGCUCGUCUCCCAGGAGAGAAAAGGAGAUGAUGAUCCUGUGAAUGGAUGCUUGUUGUGGGAAAUAAUGAGCAGCAGGACAGGCGUGUGUGUGUGGGAGGAGGUGAACGGAAAGGAGCAUGAGUAUUACGAGAACGAAAACAGACAGUGAAAGGGCUCGUAGUGCACCGUCCUUUCUAUAAAUGUCUCUCCUCUCCCUGGGUGCUGCUAUAAUAAGAAACAAGAGGGAGGAGGAGGUGGGCAGGAGAACAGUGCCCAGAGGAGAGAGUGCAGCUAUUUUUAGCUGCGACUUGAAACGCUUCACUGAGUGCCUGGGACGGCUUAAUGUCUGCCAUAUUCAUAAAUAAGAUUACGUGUGCCUGCUUCAUGUGUGUGCAGCAUGUGCGUACAGUCGUGACUUUGUGCAUGAGCAUCCCGCUGGAGGCGGCGAGAGGGGAGGAAGGAGGGGAGGCUGGAGGAGGAAAGAAUGAGGAUGCAUGAAGGGAAGUAAAGACAAAGAGAAUCUAUUUCUAGACAGAAAUGAGAGAUGGUUUGACAGAAAGAAAGAGAGAGGAUGAAUGGAUGAUUGAUGAGAAACGACUGCGGUAAAAGAUGGCAUAAAGGGGAGACACAGCAAGGUGAGGCAGCGGAGGAAAUCCUGGAGUGAUGUCACACGCUCCCCUCUGAAGAGAAAGAGAGAGCGAGGUGGAGGGAGAGCGAGCGAGAAGGGAGGACGGGAGGAUGCAGAGGAGGAGAGAAGUGAGCGAGGAAGAGAGCUGAAGGUAACGUGACGCGCUGGAUGGUGUUUCACCUGCACCAACCCAAACACAGACACGCACGACGACAGGGGGGAGACCAGGCGGCGUCACACAGGUUGUGUGAUGCUGAGAGAGGAAAAGAGAGAGAGAGAGAGAGAGAGAGAGAGAGAGAGGCGACGACUGCAGAGGGAGCGCUGGGUUGUGUUGCUCAGACUGUUUCUGUCUCUGUGUCUAUCCAGCUGUUUCUGUCCUUCCGUCUGUGUAUCUGUCUGUCUGUGUGUGAAGAGUGGCUCCUCGGAGGAUGAGCGAUGCUGCUGUCGUCCUCUGUGCAGGUUGGUGCUAAUUGGAUGAAUGGUUGAAGUGAGUGAUUGACUCGCACUGUGGAGAGAUUUGUGCUCAUUCAUGUAGGAGCUGUGCAGAUGUUUGAGUGCCGUGCAUAUCUGUGCUUUUUUUCCUGGAGGGAAUUUAGAAACAUCUGCAUCUUAAGAAAUACUUUGAGUCUCCAGAAAAUCAAAUAUGGAGACUAAUAGAGGAGAUAAAAGUCACUGUUACUUAUUAUUUUCUUCGUAUCGUGCAGGUUAAUUGACUUAAUUGGUACAUCUAUAUAACCAGCAAUGUCUUUAAAAAUGUUUUUGUGUGCAGCAUUUGUUCUUUCUUAUACCAAAGACACAUUUUAAAAACAUUUUCAUGCACUUCCUUUUUAAAAAACUUCAAAAUGCAUCAUUUUUUUCCACCACUUACGUGUCUCUGUGUGUGCAAAGAUGCCCUAUUCAGUUAAAAUGUUAAAAAAAAAGUGUUUCCAAUUGAUCAUUUUUUGUAAACAAACAAGUAUGCGAAGAAAAAGUGUGCACGUGGACAUGCAUGUGUCCAUACGUGCUAGUAAUUUUAACAGCUCGACACGCACUGAUUCGUACAUAGUGUGCGAACGUCCACGUAUAUUCGUGUCAGAUAUGACCAGCAGAUGCCCUCUGAGUUCACAUGUUGCAUUGUUCUCGUUAAAUCUGUUGUCUCUCCCGUGUGUGUGGAGAAGCGGAGGAGCGUGUGUGAAUAUGCGAUGAGGCUGCGUCGCUGCAGCGCGGAGAGCGAGCAGCACCUUGAAGUCCACGUGAGGGAGAGCUCAGCCCAACCCAGACCCUAAACCCAUUACAGACUCUGCAGGGACCCCUCCCUCGCUGCUCGCUGACUCACUCAUGCUUAAUGGAUUGGGCUCGCUCAUCACUGCCAAGUUCAAACCCGAGAAAUGAAUCUGAAAUUCAGGAAACCUCAGAUGGCCGUUUGAUCGUGCAAGUUGCAGCCAGCGGUGUUUGCUCGGCGGUUGGUGUUAGAAGUUUACUCCGAGCUGCAGAUGAUGUGACGGUUUGUCGCACGUGUUUUAGGAGGGAGGAGCAGCUGCGAUGGUUCUGUUCCACCUCCUCUGCUGCAGGUCCCUGUGGAUGCAGGAUCCGUGCAGCGCCAUCACCAAUCCUGCCAAUGUGUGUUUGUGUUUUUUCAACCGCAGCAGGUGUCUGUGAUUAUCAGCUCGGCUUUUAUUCUUGCCUCUCCAACAUGGACAAGAUUGAAAAUUCUUCACUUCCUUUAAAACAAAAUAAAUCAGUGCAGAAUUAUAUAUAAGAAAGUAAGCUCAAUUGUUGCUUGAUUUAUCCCCUCAGUUAGCAAAUCUUAAAUUAGUUUAUGGUCUUAAAUCUAGUUUCAGGUCUUCUUCAUUAAACAUGAUGACAAUUCUGCAAAUUACGGUUCAAUUUAGAGUCAUUUGGACAAUAAAGCAGAGGAUGCUCGAGGGUGUGGUUACCUCGAUUUGUUUCCUCAUCAGUCUGAGAAAGAGACGUAGCAGUGGGCGUCUGAUCAGACAAACUAAAAUGCUCACUUCUAAGAUGACGAAGGCCAGAACGCCAAACAAAGCACUUCUUUAACGGAAGUAUCAGGUAAUUUUAGCUGAUAUAGUUUUGAUUUUAUCCUAGAGUUUGAUUUUCGCUGAUUUCACAUCUAUGUAAAGCAGCCUCUUGGAUAAAAAAAGCAUUUUUACAGAAAUAUUUGCACCUACACCCUUUGUUAGAUGUCAAGGAGAUAAAAAUCUGAUUGUAUUAAAACUUCAAAUAAGUAAAUAAGUCCCAGUCCUGCCAUAUUCUGAUGUUUUAAAGAUAAUAAUUGAUUGAUUUCUUAUUUAAAACUUGAAAUAUCUUUUUCGAGUUAGUGCUUAAAAAAAUACUCUGAUUAUAAAAGAAAGAAGUGGAUUUGGAUGAUCUUAACACAAGAUAAAGCUUUAAUAUCAUGUUCCCAGCGCUUAGAGACAAACUGUAUGUGUUAAUCAAAGAACAGCUACAUGUUGUCACUUGCUAUUACACACACGCACAAGGGCACACACACACACACACACAAAAACACUGAACACACACGCACAAACAUCUGAUCCGCACAGCGCUGAAGGUCAGUCAUCGAGGGAGGUUUUCCUCUCUUGAGGAAUGCCUUGAGCCAUUUUUGGAAACUGCUGCUCCUGUUUCCCCUGGCAACCAAUCUUAGCAGACACAAGACAUACACACAAACACACACACAUGUGUAGACACAGCAGCACACACAGAGAGAGACAGAGUGAUCCAUGUCCAAAGGGAUCAAUUCACCCGACUGGCUUUAAUCCCUGCAGAAAAACUGGAUUCUGAUUAACGGCUGAGGAGAAAUAUGAGUCCCUGCAGAGAGAGAGAGAGACAUCGAGUACAACAGAUUUACUCUUUUCUUACAUACUGCAAGAUCGCUCGAAUCUGAUUGGCUGAGAGCACUGCACACAAGCACGUGAAGACACUCGCACACACACUUUUGGUAAUUCGGGAGUGGUUGUGUCUACUUAUUUUAAAUACAGGAAGAAGAAAGCUAACGCGAUAAAGAGAGGGCAAAGAAAGGAUAGUAACCACACACACACACACACACACACACACACACACACACACACACACACACACACACACACACACACACAGACAUACACACACACCAUGAUAUUAGCAUGAUUUAAAGCAUGACCAAGAGGGGACCUAAAAAAUGUCCCCUGUUGGCUUUGCGGUCCCCUCUUUGUUGAAGUGUUACGAUGCCAAGUUCCCCUUUUUAUAGGUAGGAAAGUACACACACACGCACACACACACACACACACACACACACACACACACACACACACACACACACACACACACACACCAUGAUUUUAGCAUGAUUUAAAGCAUGACCAAGAGGGGACCUAAAAAUGUCCCCUGUUGGCUAUGCGGUCCCCUCUUGGUGGAAGUGUUAUGACGCCAAGUUCCCCUCAUUAAUAGGUUGGAAAGUACACACACACACACACACGCGCACACACACAAACAUUAACACAGCUCUCAGCUAUGACAUGAUUUUAAUUGCUUUUUCCUGGAAAUGCAGUUCAUGACUCAAUAUAACAAGUUAUUGAUUAAAGCUCUUUGGGCUGAUUGAUUAGAAGAGUGAUUAAGGUGAUUAAUCAGGCGGCUGUUUGUCAGGAGGAUGUUUGGAGUCAUGUUGCUUUACACUGAACACACGUAAAUAUUGAUCUCUGACUUUUAAAUAACAAAACAGAAAAAAAAUAUAUUUUAGAAAUUGUCUAAUGGUGCAAAUGUCAUUUUCUUUAAAGCUCGUUUGAGGAUCUUUUGGUUCCAGAAUAAAGUUUCUGAGUGUAAAAUGUCAAAGAAUCAGUGGAUUUAAUCAUCUACUGUAGACUAUGUCAAAUAUAGACUCUAAGAAUGUGGAGAAAUCACUAUAUGAAAAGGACAAGGACCAAGUCUAGUACUUAUCUUCAGGCCCUCAGACAACACUGCACUAAAAACAGGCAGGACUCUGUAGUGGAAAUCACUUCAUUGGCUCUAAAUCGCCUCCAAAAUCCACUAUCUGUGAAUACAGUUCAUCUCUGCAUCCACAAAUACAGGUUUAAACUGAACAGUGCAAAGAAGAAACCAGAUAUAAACAUGAUCCAGAAACACCAGAGACUUCCCAGGACUCAUAUCCCAUCUGUUUCGAGUUGUCUUGCUGGCAUCAUAAAUUAUUUAUAAAACGAUCAAUUUUGUCUCUGACAUUUUGAGCUGGAGCUUAUUUCUUUCUUCCUCUUUUUUUUUCAUCAUGCUUUGAAAGAAGACGAAAACCAGAUCAUGUUUUUUUUGCCAUUGCAAAAAAAACUUGAUCUUUCCAGGAAAGUCAGUAAGUUACAGCUUGACUUUAAGAUGGUAGAAUGUUUCUUUGACGUUAAUAUUAAAUAUUACGUUUUAAUCCAAAGUGACAUGGACUUUGGAAGAAUUACAAACAUCUCAUCUGAAACUAACUCAUAAUGCUGGAAUUGAUCUAUGAUGACUAAUAUUUACCAAUCAUUAAUCAAAACUCGACCCUUGAGGGCUUCUUACUUUAAUUUGAUAAACGUUAAAUCAUGUAAUCACAUGUCCACCCUCCGUCUUGACAGUGCUGGUCUUUAAGAGGCUGUUCCAUCAGUUGUGUUGCACCCUCAGGUAUUUUCAGGUGAUGUUGUGUCAUGAAGGUGUUGCUCAGUUUUCUCAGCUCUCUGUAAUUGCGCCACUUUUUGCCUCUUUGCACCUCUGGCUCUGAUGCCUCCUUAUGUAAGAGGUUUUCUAAUGAAAACAAUCAACACUCUGCAGCUUUGUUAACCCUAUGGCUGCACAUGUAGGCGCUCUGUUUGUGAUCCAAAGGGGUGAGGUAUAUCUGUGAGAUAAUGCGCAUAGAUUUUACCGGUGUGUUUUGGUGUCGACUUGCAAGAACGCAAAAAAAAAAAAUCAUGCAGGUAUUUAUCUUAAACACAAACAAACACUCACACUCAUGCAAACACCCCCUCUCUUACAGUGAUGCAUGUUUUCGUCCUGGCUGAGGCUCUGGUGCUGCUGGUCUGAACACGUCUGUGCGCAGAGGGAGUGAAGACAAGAUUGAGCAGAAUGCGAGCACUCUGAGGAAGAGGAGGAUUUAAUCUAUCACCCUUAGAGGAGGAGAUUAAAUCCCCUUUUUUCCCACACUGUACCCUUCGACUAGUGCUUGGCAAUAUGGCCUCAAAUCAAUACCAUGAUAUAUUGAGCAGUUCACCUCGAUAAAUGGACGAUAACUACUCCACAAGCUGCUCAUCCCCUCCCACAUUGACUUUGUCUACUUCAGCGGCUCCAACCUUUGAACCGUCCUCCAUCUCCUCACCUGUCUUUCCCUCUUUGUUACGGGCUGGAUGGGGUGGAGUUAAGUCUCCGACAUAGGACAGUGUCUUAAAGGGACAUGAGACCCUAGCCUACCUACACACAUCCAAAACCAACUUUUAUUUAUUUAUGUUUUUGACACCGAAUACACUGAUAGGGGCAAAAUGACGUCGGUUUUUGUCGUAAAUUUCAGUAUCGAUAAAUUUUCGGUUUAUCGCCCAGCCCUACCUUCGACUAAUUGAUGUUCAGUCUGGAGGAUGUUUGGACUCCGAAGUUUCAUAUUUAUCCAAUUAUGACUCCAACAAGUGUGAAAGAAUUACCUGGCUGUGAUUACGACGCUUUAGAUAUUCCUGCGUCUAUAUCCAGAUUCUCAUCUCCAUGAACAGAAAACACAUCCUUAUACUUUCAGAUGCAAAUAUAGAAAAAAAAACAGUAAAAUUUAUCACAUGUAGCCGCUGCUUUUGCAUCGUUUUCAUCCUCUGUUUGAUGCAUCAAAGGAAAAUACAACAGAGUAACAGUGAAGGACAGUUUUAUCAGACACAAACUGCAGCUGAACAGCGAGUGAGAGAGCGUGAGAGAAGCUGUGAGCGAUGAGACGACUUUGUCUGUCCUCAGUAAAAGUUCAGUUUGAUAGUUUCUUCAGGGCUGGUUACAUCAAGGAUUUAGAUCAUAAUCCCUCACAUGCUGUUGAGGAAAGACUCCAUUUUCUACAAAUUGCCUUCUCCGCGCAUCGCAGGUGUUUAUUUUUUAUGAGUUUGGCUUGUUUUGUGCAUUUUGAACCACCAUCUUCAUGAGUUUGGCUGCAGAAGCGAUGAUUGAAAUCAGUCCAACGUGCACCGUCAAACUUAAGAUGCGCAAAACAGAGUAUUUGUCAUAUUCUCAGGGUGUUGAAAGCAAUUCUAUAGUUUGUUUCUAUUAAAUGACAGUGUCUGCUAUCUUCCAAACUGCAUGUGUGUGUGUAAGUGUGUGUGUUGAUUACUUAUCUCUGAGGUUGAGCAGCAACAAUGUAAAGGCGUAGAGGGUGAGAUGCAGAGAAAGAGGAGAUGAGCUCGCAUUAAUAAGUGAUGGAGAGCUGAAAGGGUGCCAUGUGUCUGAGGGUUAUCUACAGGGAGACUGUCCUUUAAACACACACUCUUACACACACACACACACACACACACACACACACUCAGAGGACAGGAGGGGAGGAGGGGGGGGGAGCUCUUAGCCUUUAUUGAGGCGCUUCGCCUGUCAGCACAUAUCUGCCUCAAAGCUACAUGAAGAGCAAAGAGCGAGAGGAGAGGAAAGAGAGGAUGGAAAAAUUACUGGAGUGAGGGAAAAACUCAAGAAGGUGUGAGGGGACGAGAGAGUUAAUGAGAGAGAGAGGGAAGGAGAGCAGGAGGGAGGAGGUUUCUCAUCCUUUCUCCUCCUUUAAAGACGGGAAUCGAGCGCUCUCUCCUCUCAGUGGCACCGCAGGCUGAGGAGGGAUAAAAACCAGAAGAACCAAAAAUCUACCUCCCUCACUCACUCACUCGAUCUCUCCUCAGGUGAUCACUCCGUUCCGUAGGCUCAUCCUCUGCGCUGAGAACAGGAAAGAGAUGGAGGACUGGAUUAGCUCCCUCAAGUCCGUCCAGUCCAGGGAGCACUAUGAGGUAAGAGCCGGCUUCGAGCAUCAGCACAUGGACAGAGCGUGAUUGUGAAGCGCUCAUAGAUGGUACAGUAGAUCUAGGCGUACCUUCCCCUCUUCUGGGGGUUUUCUUGCUGUUUUAAUAACGUUAACCCACUGAAGGAUGCUCCUGUGACUGAUUUCAUCCUGUUGAGGUUUGGAUAUUUCAUAAAAAGUAGACUUAGACUUAUUGAGUUGUGUGUUUUCAUCGCAUGGUGAUCACAUUAAAUCCAACAGGGGAUGUAAGGUUUUUAUGCAGAAGCGACAAACUCGUGCUCGGAGCCCCAAAGCACCAGCUGACAUGCUUUUACACACAUGGAUGCACACGUGCAGACACAGGUGUGCAAACUCUUCAGAGAUACAGUGAUGAGGACACACACGCACACAGAGAAAGAGCAUGCACGCACAGAAACAGACAUGUUUUCGGUCACCGUGCGCACACAGGUUAGAUUCUGCAGCGAUCGUUCCACCAGCUAUGACUCAUUUAAUAACACAUAAGCAGACACACUUUCUCGCUGGCUCUAAAUUUAACACUCUGCUUUGUUAUCAAAGGAAAAAGGCCAGCAACAAGAACGACUGAAACUGCCAGUGAAAGAAAAAGAAAAAAGGAAAAAAGGAUGUGAGAAAAGUCUGAAUGUAGUUUGUGUGCAGGCGGAGCAAAGGAGAAAAAAAGCACUGCUGCAUCUUAAUGUCUUUGAUUUGGGAGGGAAAUCUUAUAUAAGACCCCAUCCCUCACCCCCUUUACUGCACUGCAAUGCAGCAGCACCCCCAGAGCUCACACACCACAGGACACACACACUCACAUAAAGACAAAGCAAACACACUCCCGCUGGGGGGGGGGUGUCUCUCUCUCCAACAGUAUUAAAGACCUGAUCUCAUGCAGGACUGUUUGAAGUGAGCGUCCCACUUUCUGCAGCACCUGUUACAGUUUUCUUAUGAAACACAAAGAAGAUCCAGAGCUGUGCCAACUUCUGCAGACGCAACGCCCACGCUAACACAACACAACUUCACUGCACUGUGGGCGCUCUCCCAGAUCUUACUUCAUUUGAAAAAGAAAACAUCUAGAUCUCCAGUAAUCCAGUGUCACAGACACAUUUUUCUCGUUCGCUGACAAAAAAAAGACAAAUUAGUUAUUUUUAUCAUAUCUUUAUUAUGUCAAGACCUGAUAGAUAUCCUGCUGGGGUUGAAUUUUUCAUGGCUGUAAAGCAAGAGCCAAGGGGAAGGUAAAAGAAAUAGGACUUGGAGAUUGAUCAAAUUUGACUUCGAUCAAUAUUUUGCCUUCCCAGGAUCGUGACGGUAAUUAGAAAGUAAUGAAACGAUUGCCGAUGUUGUCCUGUCCUUCCUUUAUUGCAGAGUGUGUACUCUGUACCUCAAAGAGCUCUCACUUCAGCUAUUAUGAGUUUUGCUGCAGACCCACUGCAGCCAAGACUCCUAGACAAUAUUGAAAAAUGAUUAUUGCAUUGUUGUUCUUUCAUUGGAAUUUUAAAAAACUCCAUAAUUCAAAGCAGAUUGAUGCCGCACAUAAUAACAUAUCAAUAAAACAGUUAUACUAUUCAUAAUUUGGAUCUGUCAGGGUUUUUCUAAACUAUCAAAUGAAGUCUCCCUCUUCUACACAACCUAAACUGCUCUGAUAAACACAAACGACUUAAACGUAAUCAAUCUUAUCUGAUCAAGUUAGAAAUGAAGUAUAUUCUGCAACACAAGCCUCAUGAUGGUCGCUUUUAACUGCACUAAAUCUCGCCAUCAUCUUCUGCGAGUGAUUUCCACAUCCCUACUCUGUACAUUCUCUGCAGGUGUAGUAAACACGAAAAGAAAACACUCUGGGACAGUGGGACAACAUUGUCUUAAAACCACACGUGCAUGUUUACAUUCAACAGUCAUGUUACACAGAUACAAACUGUUGUCAUUUCCAUGUGUUGAACAGAACAAAAGGAGUUCCCAUUUAUUAGUUCAUUCUGUGUUGUUAUCAGUGUAUUUUAUUAAGGCUAAAAUCGACUGGGAACUCUUAGUGCUGCAAAAGGUGAAAUCACUGUUUUUGUCAGAUCAGUUUGAACUUUAAGGAGAGAGAUGUAAGAGCUGUUUCAGGUCAGAAAAGCAUGUUACUUUAAAAGAUAAAGGUCUAUAUCUGCAGGAAUCUUCUCUGUAAUGUUGGUGGAGCACCUUAAAAUAAUAACCUGAGCCUCUACAGACUGAAAAAAAAAGACUUUUUUGGAUGUUUUGAACAUGUUAUUGAACAAUCUAAAAUAUUUGUACAUAACAUUUAUUUAGACACCACAGUUUAUAAAGUCAUGCCUGAGUUAUUUCCAUAAAUAUAUAUGGACUCUGACUAAAAUGUUUAAUGCAAAUGUUGUUCUCAUGAUGCUGUACUACUCUGCUGCUGCUAACCUGUUUGAACCUCCCCUUUUCAGACGGCACAGUUUAAUGUGGAACAUUUCUCAGGGAUGCACAACUGGUACGCCUGCUCCCACGCACGGCCCACCUUUUGCAACGUCUGUAAAGAUAGCCUGUCGGGGGUCACGUCUCACGGCCUCUCCUGCGAAGGUGAGUAACCUGCACAGACACACUCACACAUGCUCACUGUCACACACAUUAAUCCUUGUUUUUACACCUAUUUCAAUUCAGAACAGUUUGAACAGUAUCACACAUUAUUACAAGUUUGAUCAGGAAUGCCUGUUCAGUGAUUUUCUGAGUGUAGAGUGAUGAUUUAUUAAACUUUGACCAGUCGGAGAGCUUACCCAGUACUUCUUUUACAAUUGUGAAUGAAUGAAUGAAUGAAUUUUGAAUGCUUUAUUUCAAACAUGCAAUAAAUAAACAAAACAGAAUAUAGGUAGUACACAAACACAUGCAUACCAUAAAUAAAAGAAAAUCAAGGAUUGCUGGCAACAACCUGUAUGUGUAGCUGAUCUACAAGUUAGAAAAGGAGUAUGAAGAAGUUUACAUUUAUUUAAUCCUACCCCUUUACAACUGUUAUACCAAUGUAUAUAAUUUAUGUGGAUAAAAUACACAUUUAAGACAACUUAUCAGAGACAUUGAGGACAACAACAAAGUCCCAAGAACUGAGCCUUGGGGCACUCCGUAGAGUAUGUCUGUCUAUGUAACUGUAACUUUGCUGUUUUUAGGCUCUUAUUAUUCACAAGAGUAUGGAUUUGAAUGAUUAUGACAAGUAUGGAUAACUUAUGAAGCCGAUGAGGCCAAUACUGCUGCAUUCAGAAUCCAAAGUCAGAAAGAUAUGCAAAAUUUAACGCAAAACAACAAAAAUGCAUGUGCAGUUACAGUCUGCAUUAAUCUGGUAUAUAUGUAUUUAUAUAUUGCAGUAUAAAAAUUUUCCUCUGCUAUCAUAAAGGUUAUGAAGAUUUAUUUUGUCCCAAACUUUAAAGGAUAUUAAAUGAAACUCUAAACUAUCAUAUAUUAAAUGCAUUCUGUCUGUUUCAAGCCAAUUUCCUGUGCCUUUAAGGUAUUUCAUAUUGAAGUGUAUGCAGCUGAUCAUAUGGAGCUGCAGGCCAAAGAUCGAGCAGGUGUAAAUGCACUCUGAGCAUGUUGUGUAAGAGCUUCACUGAAAAGAGGAAAUUCUUUGUUCCCUGUCAGUCAAAGGGGGAGCCGACUGAACAUACUGUAGCCAGCGUGAGUCUUUGCAGAGCUCAGGGUCGUGGAGUCGGUUGCCUAUCAGACUAUCAGCUUGAGGUAGAAGGAGUGAAAAGAUCUUGUGGUGAGGUGCCAUUAGUGCAGCACAGACUCCUGAAUGUAUGUCAGUCUGCGUCCCUCCGCUCUGCGCCGUGCCGUGUGUUAGGUAAGCGUUGACUCGCGCUUUGUGGAUUUGGUUUUGGCCUAUCACGUCUCUCUGUUCAGCCUUAACGGGGGCAAAAGCUGUUAAUGGGCGCUGUGAAUGACGCCACAUCUCCUCACCUCGUUUGUGAAGGAGCUGCGAAGCGGGGGUGUUAAGAGGAGAGAGCUUUGACACCGGAGGUCGAUUCUUCUUUUAGUUGGUGUGAAGUAUCUGUGACAGGCAGCAGAUCUUAAUGAGCACCAUCUGCAUAUCCAUAACUAUAAUUUCGCUAAUUUCCCCCCCUGCGAGGGCGUGCAUGUGUGUGUUUGCAUACAUGUGAGCUGCGGUUACAUCAAGAGCCUCUUCACUCCGUGCUAGUUAUCUUUCACAAUGAGGUCCUCUCACAUCCAAAGGAGGGGUGAAAGAAUGAGAGACACAGAGGGAUGAAAAGAGAGAGGAGACAUCCAGUCAUGACAAAAACACUUGAAAUCAGCCGUGAUUUGAAUCAGCGUUUACCACUCAGACAACAAAAGGACGAAUUGAUUAUUAAGAAGAUUAGAGGCAAGCAUAACAAACAGCACAACCAAGACGUUUUCAGAACAGAGCAAGCAUCAGUGACAUUAUGAAUUAAACUGGUAAAAACAGACACAAACAGGAAGAGCCGGGGUGGAGGCAGGUUAAACAGAAUGACCGUUUUGACAUUUGAUGAUUGGAUGUGUAGAAGGUUAUCGACUGAGCUGUCAGCUGAUGUGGACUGAUGACCGAUUGGCCUGCCUGGAGUAGCACCAAGCUUGAUUUGUGCACAUCUGACUUAGUUCUCGAAAAGAAAACAAAGAAAAAAUGUACUCCUUUUACUCUUCUUCUGUGUGAGGGUCUGCACCAAACUGUUUUUGUUUUUAAAUGCUAAAAAGAACCACAUAAAUUUGUUUUUUUGCAUCAAGACUUUUGACUUUGUCAGGAACCUCUAUUUCAACUCAAAUUAAAUUGACUUAAUUAUAAAAUACUCUUAUUAAAUUAUGGCACUUGUCGUGUUUGGGUCGCUGUCAACCCAGCUUGAUUUAAAAUCAAUAAUUAGAGCAAGACUGUUAACCAAGUCCAGCCGGACAACCCACAUUACCCCAAUUCUGUGUUUCCUUCAUUGGUUGUCAGUGACAUUCAGGAUUAUCUUUAAGGUUCUUGUUUUUGUAUAUAGAGCUCUGUGUGGUCAGGCCCCAGAAUAUAUUGCUGACCUGCUUCACAUCUACAUUCCAAGUAGGUCACUCAGGUCCGCUGACCAGGGCUUGCUAGUUGUCCCCCGAACUCAUCCAAAAACCAGAGGUGACCACGAAUUUGAAGUGAUGACUCCAACACUGUGGAACAAUUUACCUGCUGAUAUUCGUUCAGCUGUUUCCAUCGUCACUUUUAAAAAACUUUUAAAGACUUAUUUAAACAGGCCUUUACCUCCCCUGGUUUUAACUAAUGCUCUAUUUAUGCCAUUGUUUUUUUAUUGUUCUUUGAUUUUACUUGAUGUUUAUGAUUGUAUUUUGAAUUUUUUAUUGUGAAGCACUCUGAAUCUUUUCUAUGAAAGGUGCUAUAUUAAAAAUUUUUUACUUACUUAGUUGGAGCAAAAUCUGAAAUCAUAAGUGCAAUGUCAGGCACCACAUUGACAGUCAGAUCCUCUUCCAAUCAUGUGAGAUUUAGGAGAUUCUCAUUUUGCCAUGUUUUUUUCUGCUCAAAAAACAAAGACAGGCAUGUCCAGACAUGUGAGGUCAGUUCAGUAUAGAUGUCUGUGUGAGGGGUAUCCUGACAAAGAAAGGGCAAGAGACCUACAACAAAAAACAUUAUUACCAUUAUUUUAAUGGGUAAUGAAGCCUAACAAGGUAACCUGGAGUUGAGAACCAAAUUGGAUGAUAGAGAAUUGUUUUUAGAGUAAUUUACAGCUCACACAGGGCAGAACCAACCCAUCAACAUAGCAGGUGUGUAGUGAAAGCUUACGCAUGAGGAAGGUUUAGCUAAUUUUCUUAUACCUGACGUACCAAAGUGGAUCAAGUGUAGACCACUUUACUGUGUUUCUCAACAAAGGGACCAGACUGCAGGAUCCCUGGUUGGUUGUAGAUGUACUAUUGACGAGUACCUAAUUUAACCCCACUUCAAAACUACCUGCAACACCACUUCUCCUUGCAGUGACAUCAACCUCAAGGUGAAACCAUCCUCCCCUUUUGGUGGGUGGACGCUAAGAGUCACAGAAGCAUCUUUAAAACACUGAGUAACGGUUUACGGUGGAAGAUUUAAGAUUCGCUCUGACUUUGUUUUCCAGUCUUUGUCAUAUUCAGUCUUGAUAGAUCACUAGGAUGGAGCCAUAGAUCUGUACAGAAAGCAGAAGUUGUUGCCUUCAGCGAGGCGGGUGAAGAUGAGAUGAGGAAAACAGGAGAGAGCUGCAGAGUGUCUCUAUUAAACAUGGAGAGCAGACAGACAAACAGUUUCACAGCAAUCAACACGGCUUAAAUUUCCUUCGAUUUCCUGCGCAGGGCGGUCAGAGGGGAUUGAUUUGUGCCACCCAGCCACAAACACACAAACACAAAUACACUCACACACACACACACUUGUAGUCCUGCAGACAGAGUUCUGCUCCAGUCUGCUUCGUGAACGCUCCGGGUUUGGCUGGGCCAUUAACAGUCAGUGGUAUCAUGUCCUCUGGAUCCUCUUAAUGCUCUGCUAAUGCUCUCUAAUAGCAUUUAGCGGGAGACAAGAUUGAAACAUCAAUUGUUGCUCCCGGAUAUGACUUUGACUUAGCUUGUAGUACAUCUGUGUGGACGGCUUAAUGAGGAGAAUAAGUGUGCGAGCGUGCGAGGGCUGGGUGGGGUUGUUGGAAGCUCUCGGGAGUUCAGACAUUAUUCAUGAGUCUGCUAAGUGCCUCACCCUUGAUGGAAGGAAAGGCGAGAACUAUCUCCAUCUGCCUGUUUGUCUUCAUAAGGGAACCUUCAUGUUAUAUUUACAUUCAUUCUCUGCUCUUUUUUAGCGUAGCAGCCUGCUGUAAAGACUGAUGUGUGAAUGUGGAGCUGCCCCUCCUGGCCUCACGGUUUCUAAUGCAGACUGAGUGAAUCAUGUUCACAGGAUGGAUGUGAAAUUUUAACAGGAGAUGCAUCAGGAUCUUUGCAUUUAUUAUGCUUUGAUUGUUUUUCUGUGUCAGACAAAGUGUACAGUAUACAGCUGAGUUAAUACGCUGCAUCUGGUGUUGGCACGUGAUAAAAAAAUGAUGUAAAGCAGCUUCUUUCAUGGGCUUUUGUUGGCUUUGCUUGAGAAGGAUUAAUGCAAAGUUUAUUGCCGUCAAGCAGGAUAGAAGUCCUCACUUCUUCUUCUCUUUGCUUCACUGGCUCUAUGUCUCUGCUCCUACACAUCCUUGCAUCAGGGCUUCAUUUAGGUUCCUUUUUAGCAUAAAUACAGUUGAUGUCAUGUUGGCGAAGUUGAAAAACAGAAAAAGGACCCAAUUGCAGAACAAAAGCUGAUUUAAUGAAAAAAUAGCGAAAUAAAAAGCAGCAAAAGCUUACUAGAAAAUGUCCAACUCAAAAAUCAAAAAUCUGAGAAAAUGCACUGGGAAAAAAAAAAAACACGAGCAGACACUGGGGACACUGGCAUACAGACACACAGACUUAAAACAAUGAAUCAUUCAGGAAACAGGGGAAGAGAGGGACUAUAUACACACACACACACACACACACACACACACACACACACACACACACACACACACACACACACACACACACAGGGAAACGAGCAACAAGAGGCAGGUGAGAUACUGAGACACAGGUGCAGACAAUUACUAACUAACGAGGGAGAACUGAGGAAGUGAAACAAGACUAGAAACACAGGGAAUAAACGACUUUAAAGUAAAGCAAGAAACACUAAAAACUGGAAUAAAACACUGAGAACAUGAGGGAACUGGAGUCAGACACAAACUGAAAACUCACAAGACAGGACUGCAGGGGAACAGGAACAAAGUGGAACAGAAAUCCCAACGAAAAUACACUUCAGGGAAAAACUAAAAACCAGAACAUAUCAUGACAGUUGAAAUAAAACCUCGUCUGUCCUUUACUGUAACAUCAGAGCUGUAUCUUUGUAUCUAAAAUUUGAUAUUUUAUUUGAAUAGGGGGAAUACAAGUCACAUUCAAACUGUAAUUAGCCAUUUCAAUUCAAUUUAGCUGCUAUAAGUGGGGCUGUCACCUAGUAUUUGACUUUUGAAUACUGGAGGAAAAGUUUUAUCCUGAAAAUGUUGAUGUACCACAUCUGUCUGCAGUCUCACCACCCUUUAACUUUCUGACAGAAAUGAAAAACAGUAAAAAGAAUGUUAAAAAAAAACAAACAAAGAUCAUGAAUUGAUGAUCCGGCUUUGCAUCAGGAAAUAGAAAAUCAAAUUGGCCCGACAAAUUGUCCAGAGGAAAAACAUUAGUUUUUAUUGUUGUUCCUGUUUUUAUUUCCAUCUGUAAAACCAGCACAGGCAGCAGAGUCCUCCUCCCUUAAUGUGGGGUGACCUUGUCCAGACCUCAUCCUGAUUAACAUCUCGGAGACUGUUACCAGUGUUGUGCUUACAUUUGUAGUGUUGAGAUUCAACUUUGUUUCCUCUCAUCCUCUUAAAAUGAACCAAAAAAAAGAGUUUCCUGCAGCUUUUGUUGGGCAAACCUGAUAGACUGACCGCCAACCCGACGCAAAAUACUGUUGGAAACUUAUCAGCAGGACAGACAGACAGACAGUCAGGGUAGAGAUCACCUGGAUGACAGGUAAACAGAACAUUAAUCUCCAACUCGAGACGAUCUCGGCCGUGAUGUUAGCGUCAUGUUUGCAAAACAGACAACCACUCAAAGAUUGUCAGCCGAGGUUUUAUGCUAUAGAUGCUUGAUGAGAAGACGAGCUACAUGUGCUCAGAUUGAUCAGCAGGGAGAGUGAAAUUGAUGCCACGCUCCGACAAACACAGAGACAGAAAUAGACAAAGAAGAGAGACACGGCGGGAACAAAGAGGAAGGGAGGGUGAUGAGACAAAGAGGAAGGAGGGAGAGACAAAGAAGAGACCAUGAGAUAGCUUCUGUUACUUCAUCUGUAUGAAGCAUUUUCAGUCAUAAAGGAAUUUUCUUAUUGGUCAAGUGACAUUCAGCAUAGUCUGGUGAUGAGAACUUUACUUGGAGGAGUUUGCCUUUACUGUCUGAAAAUACGAGGCCUGUAUUCCAGGAUAACUUCCUCGAUGCAAUUUCAGUAAUGACGACAAAGAGAUAAACUUUUUAAAGGCUACAUUUGUGCACAAGAUAACGAUUUGUGUGCACAGUAUAAUUAUAUUGUCUAUUAUACAUUUUAUCUUGUGCAUAUAUCAAUUUUAAUUUUUGUGAAAUUAUCUUGCGUUAUCAUCUGUUUGAAUUCAUGCUUUUUUUUAAAUCCAAUCAAAUGACAGCUGUAAUCCUUUUUAUUAAAGGUAAUCUAAUCUGUUAAAACUCGAGCAGAGACUUAAGCUGCCACUCAUGCAGAGUAAAAGUUUUAGUUUAUAAAAACCCAGGAUGAACUUGCUUGUAGGACCUCUGGCAUCAUGCAUAUUAUUCCGCAGGGUCAGGAUGUUGUGUGAUAAAUAAGUGAAAGGAAAAGGAAAUAGUGUCGGCCUUUUGGUCUGCUUUAUCCUGAUCUUCCUGGUCUGGUAAUCCCACCGGCUCUACGUUGAUGCUACUUACUCGAGGAGGAUUAAAGUGGAGCUGAUUACAUGAUGCAGGCUUUUACUUUCACCUGUUCAUCUCUAUCAAGAAGGAAAAUGACUAACACUGGAGGUGCAUUCUCUGUAUGUAAUUUAUAUGAGUCUCAGUCAGCUUCAGGGGCCUGCACAGAUGUCGGGUUUUAACUCAGUAAUCCAGAGGAUGUAGCAGCUAUUCUUUCCAUGGAGCUGGAUCCACCUGCUCAUCCAUGUGCCUCUGGGUUUCUGGUCUGUCUUAAGCCUGGUUUCAGACCUGCUGUAGCUUGUUAGAGAUAAAUGGAUUGAGAUCUGUGAUGUGCAGCUAAGUCCUCACGCUUUGCUUCAGUCUGUCAGACCAGAACAGGCUUUGGGAGGUUAGUAAUUACACCCGCUGACAUCUCAUUAGGGUUUGAUUGAUGAGGGAGCUGUACUUUACAGGACGCGUCUAUUUCCGUAUCAUGCAUCAGUGUCCUCUCAGUGUUUUUCAGACUUACUCGGUGAUGACAUUUUUGAAAUGAAGUAUUUCGUAUAUAUUUAGCCUAGUAGCUUAUUAAAUUGACCUCAGAGAGUACCUGUGAAACUGUAUUGACAUUAAAAGCAUGACUUUUCUAUUUGACAAAUAUAUGAUAUAUGGUUACAGGGCACUUUGCGUCCACUUAGAAAUUUCCUACAACACCCCAAUGCUUAUUUUGUGUAUUACUAAUUAAUGUUAAAUAGGGAUGGGAAUUGAUAAGACUUUAUCGAUAUCGAUGCCAUUAUCGAUUCUGCUUAUCAAUUCAAUUCUUUAAAGAUUCCCUUAUCAAUGUCUUUCUUUGAUUAAAAAAAAAGUAGACUAUAGGUUUUUAAUGUUAACUCAAAAUUUUAUUGAGUCUCUGAUAACAGAAAAAGAUGUAUGCCACCUUCAGUGAGACUCUAAAAUUAAUCAAACGACAAACUAUUUGUACGGCAUUUACUUUGGUCUGUAUUAAGUCAAAUUAGGGUGACCAUAUUCUGGAUCCCCAAAAGAGGACACGGCUACGCGGGGUGGAGUCACACGCAAUAUUUUGAGGGGUUUUCUUGUCGGGUCGAGUUUCUUUAACGCGCUUCUAACUCAGUUCAUCCACACUACACAAACUUAAAACUUCCAUACAAAACUCGCUGUCGGCUUUAGAUUAUUUCUGCCUACUUUUCGUGUCAUUCACCAUGUUUUUUUUCCUUAAUGUCUCUGUUCUCGUUCGCGUAGACUGCCUCUCACAAGACUGUUUUCCAAAGCACCCUGAAGACAGGAAUCAUUCAGGGAAUCAUGAAAAUGAAAUGUAAACAAUGUCGAUGGAUUGAACCAUUUGGAACCGGUUCUCAACAAGAACUGGUUCUUGAUUUCCAUCCCUAAUUUUAAAGGAUAAUUUUAAUGUAAUUUAAUGUAGUUAAUAGUGGACCAGAAUUAGGCUAAAGCAAGAAAAAGAAGUAAAACAGCGCAGAAACAGAGUUAUGUUAAAGUCGACUAAAGUGGAGAAAGCACACAAAGCAAACAGAACAUUUACAGAAGAUGUUGAUUUCCUUGCUAAUUUUGCCCACUUUUAGGCUGAUAAGAACACCUUUACUAAAGAAGCUGUAGCAGUAAAAAUUGUGGAAUAUUCCUUUAAGACACAGAGCCAGCUGUGUGACUAGAUGUCACUUUGUUUUUAACCUUGAAGUCAGUUUGUGUGCGGCUCUUACCGUGUCUGUAUCAAGGCUUCUGUUUUCUCUCGUUACUCAUCAGUGACACUUAUAUUGAUGCUAUGACUGUUUGUUAUGGUACAAGAAAGGCCGUACAGCCAGGCUUUCUAAGGUCGAUUUGCAGUGUACUAGAAACAUUGUGGAAACCCUGGAACUUUUGAUGGUCCAGUUCUGUCAAACUUUACUGUCUCUGAUGCUUUUUUAAAAAAAAUAUUUACCAAAGAAAAAAAAGUCUGAAACCAUCACAAAGAGCUACAAACCAUUUCAUCCAAGAGACUGUUUUUUUCUCAACUGUUGUUCAAAACUAUAAAACGAUGUAAAAAUUAUAUAUUUAGUGCAAACUUGUUCAAUCAUUUGGUCGUUAGCUGAAUAAUAAGUGAGAUAAUGUGUAGGAAGUACUCAAAGCUUUAACAACCUUCGCUGUUCAUUAUGCCUCUAACUUUAAUUACACUGCAACAUAGAGUAAAAUCAGAUUUUCAAUAAGCUUGGAGAAGUUUUAGUCUGUUUAUUAAUGCUUAAUGCUUAAUGCUCGUACAUCAACUUUAUAUAUUCAAAUAUUUUCAGAUGCACAAAGUGGAGUCAACAUUUUUAGUUCUUUGUUAAAGCUUCCCAACAAAUUUUCCACUUUAUAUGUGCUUCGUAUCGGUUUAUGCAGAGUUAAAAUAAAGAUGUGUUCUUUGUCUCUUUUGUGUUUUCCAGUGUGCAAAUUCAAAGCGCACAAACGCUGUGCAGUCAGAGCCACCAACAACUGUAAAUGGACCACCCUGGCCUCCAUAGGGAAGGAUAUCAUAGAGGAUGAGGACGGGGUGAGUUUGCAUGAUGUAAUUCCUGUUUCAUGAUUCACUUAAAGGCAUGCAUGACACUGAAAUUCUACUUUGUGGACUGUUCAUACUGGACUAACACGCCUUCCAGCUGGCUGCAGGUUACUGUUAACUUGAGGACCAUUUAAGCUUGAUACAUUAUGAAAAACAGCUGAGUGUGAUUUCCCCCAAUGCAGUCCCUCGUGACUUUAGUUCCUAGAACCACCUCUCAGUGCUUUCCCGCAUUUCUGGAAGUCCUGGUGUGUUUCCUUCCAUUUCAGACCACUAAUUAUAAUGCAUUAGACUAAAUAAGAGCUUCUAACUAAGCCGCAACUUUAUGUGAUGGUUUUAACUUGAGAGUUUGUUAACCAUGAUGGUUCAAGUUGUGUUUGGGAGUCUUUGUCCUCCACACAAGGACUGAUGUCCAACCAAUGCACACCAUUUAAAUCAGUUUUCUUUCACAGAGACUCAUUAGUGUAUGAAAAAAGUCCACACGGAUGCACAGAAGGAAUUGAAACCUGGGGGCAAACUUGCUGUUUUCUUAUCAAUGUGUGUAUUUUGUGUGUAUUUGUGUUGGUCCCACAGAUCGCCAUGCCUCACCAGUGGUUGGAAGGGAACCUGCCCGUCAGUGCCAAGUGUGCCGUGUGCGAUAAAACGUGUGGCAGUGUGCUGAGGCUGCAGGACUGGCGCUGCCUCUGGUGCAAAGCUAUGGUAAGAUUUUUGUGUCUUGUCAGUAAGUAAACACAGAAAGCAUUUUAUCAUGCCAAAUAAAAUUCAUGUAGUGCAGAAAAAAAUCAUGCCGUCCAAAAAUAAAAGUCAUAAAACCCACUAAUAAAUUUUGCAAUGUGAAAUAUUUUUGCAUUUUAUGACAGAAUUGGGAUUUUUUUCUUGCUUUUUUUUGUGUUUUGUGGAUUUUUUUUGUGCCUGAUGUGAAAUGUUUUCGCUGUUGACCUGCAAUGCUGCUGUAUGAAAGCAAUCCAUCUGUUAUUUGUAGAUAUAACCAUAUUUUCACGAUGAGAUAUUCCCUAGUCUUAGCAGUAACCUGUCAGCCUGAUAUAUUUUGUGCAUCCCUAUAAUCAGCCACUCUGUUUUUAUGCUGAAUCAUGCUCUUUGAAUAUAAUAUCACAAAUCUAAAACUGGAGCACAUAUCUGACGUGAAUGUUUCUGCUGUGUUUCCUGUUUUUGUUUCAGGUGCAUACAGCCUGUAUGGAUCUUUACCCCCGAAAGUGUCCCCUCGGUCAGUGUAAAGUCUCCAUCAUCCCCCCAACCGCGCUCAACAGCAUCGACUCAGACGGUAGGUAACACACACAGACACACACACGCAUGCACGCGCAGUCACACGUGUGGCACACGACGCAAUCACCGAGAGGUCAGAGGUGGACACCAGACUGCACCUGUGAGCGGUCGUUACAUUUCAGAGAUGAGUGACUGUGAUUUCACCUCCAUUUGUGGGGUUGAUGUAUUUUCUCGGAACUUUGACCUCCUGCUCUGUCACAUGGACAGACGAGGAGGAGAGAGAGAUGAUACACUUGUGUAUCAACGUCCAAUCUGCUACACUGCAAUUUACAUACAUACACCUUGCUGAAACAUGGGAUGAAAAAAAGAGAAGAAGACAUUAUCCUUGUUUUAAAAGUUGCAGAUAGUCAUUAUUUGUUGUUCUGGCAGAAUCUAACCCACAUAUCCCAAAAAACAAAACUUCAAACAACUCCUCCUUUCAGUCCAGUAGCUGCUUUGUUUUUAAAAAUAUAUUUACGAGAGAGAAAGAGAGGGAGAGAGACAUGUUGCUACCACACAUUGGAGGAAACUGCUUCUUUCUGCAUAAGAGUAAAAAUAGCUCCAUCUAGCAGUUUCACAUCUUUCCAAGGAGCUUCAAAUAGACCGGCAUCUUCAGACGACAGCGUGUGAGAGGAAUUAUGAUUAGUUGCCGUCAAACUUCGCCGUAAAAAUAGACUCACAUAUUUAUCCUGUCACAAUCCAUGAAGGCGCAUGAGCGUGCAGACACCACAGAAGAAGAAGAAGAGGAGGUCUGCAGAUGGCUGCAAAAUACCCCGAGGCUUCCUCCAGGCUCGCCCCAUCAUUAUAUAUAUGUGCGUGUGUGUGUGUGUGUGUGUCUUUGUUCAUACAUGCAUCCAUCUACAGUCUGCAUGUGUGUGUGGAUGCAUGGCUAAGUGUCCACAUUAAGGCCAUUUUAGAUGAAGACUGGCACCUGAGAGUCAGAGUCAGAUCAGCGUGUGUGAUUGGAUUACUUGGUCUCAUUCACACACACAAACACACACAUACAUGCAGCACACACUCUGCACACAAUCUGGAUGGUAUUGGCUAAUUGUUGGAUGGGUAGAAGAACGGAAACAGAAAAAGGAGAAUAAAUGAAAAAAAGACAACACAUCCUUUUUCUUUGUUUCUGCAUCUCCUCACGUUCCAGGACCCCCUCUGCCCGAAUGCAAGCUGGGAAGCGGGGGAGUCUGCUUGUAAUUGGCCGGGAGGCGGGCUGUAGCACGUGCUGGUGCGAUGUGACUCCCCCCCCCCCCUCCUCCCCUCAUCUCCCCUCAGCCCAUCCCUUUCUGACAAGAUCACAGAAAGAGAGAGAGAGAGAAAGAGAGAGAGAGGAAAAUCGAAGAGGGGAGACAGAGAGAAUCGAGAGUAGGGGGAGAGGGGAAUGAGGAUACAGAGAAGGGAGUGCCAGCAUAAGACAGCGCUGCCACACACGCACACACACACACACACACACUUAUGCUUGAAGCUCUGAUGUGCACGACUCAGUAAGGUUGUGCAUAUAUAUGUGUACAUAUACGUACGUUUCUGUGUGUGUCUGUGUGUGGUUAUACUGUACAAUGAAGACACGUGAUUUUUGCAUGUGCUCAGCUCCCAUGUUUUAUUACAUCCAGUCACACUGACCGUGAUAGUGACGUCAGUUAUUGCACACAGUGAUUGGAGGUGUUUCCUGUGUUAUUGUUGUGGAAUAUUUGAGGGUGAAUUCAGGUCAUUUCACUCCAUCAUAACUCUUCAGUGCCCUUAUCUAUCCUCCGACCGUGCAUUUGAGUAAGUUAAGCUCCGAAAAUUACAUUAUGUUUCCUCUCCCAUGGAUGCAAAAGAACAGACUCCACAAACACAAGCCUCAGUGGUUUCCAGUCAUGCAGGUUGUUUUGCUUUUUUUCCCCUGUGAUAGUUUGUGGAUAUGACGGUUGUUUCUGCAGCUCUAAGAUCAAAAGUUUUGUCUUUCCUUAGGCUUCUGGAAGGCCACCUGUCCCCCAUCCUGUGCCAGUCCCCUCCUGGUUUUUGUUAACUCCAAAAGUGGAGACAACCAGGGGGUGAAAUUCCUGCGACGCUUUAAGCAGCUCCUCAACCCGGCUCAAGUUUUUGACCUGGUCAACGGAGGCCCACACCUCGGGUGAGGAAAAUACGACGCAACAGAUCAGAGGAAAUGUUUGCCUCAGUCCACAGGGAAAGUAAACAAGUGUUUGUUUUUGUUUUUUUCAGUUUGCGCCUGUUUCAGAAGUUUGAUAACUUCAGGAUCCUGGUAUGUGGAGGAGACGGGAGUGUGGGCUGGGUCCUCUCAGAGAUCGACAAACUCAACCUUCACAAACAGGUAAUACGAUCAACAGAACAUGGCGCAUCCUGACUGAAGAUUCUAGACUUGAGAUUUACUCUUAAACUGGAUCUUAAAAGUCUGUAGAGGAAAUUUCCUGCAGUGAGGGACAUGUAUGAAUCCCAACUUUAGUAAAUUUUGGGGUCAACCAUCUCGCUUUUGCGUGUGUUCCAGUGCCAGCUGGGGGUCUUACCCUUGGGUACGGGAAACGAUCUGGCCCGGGUGCUGGGCUGGGGCCCGUCCUGCGAUGACGACACCCAGCUGCCUCAGAUCCUGGAGAAGCUGGAGAGGGCCAGCACCAAGAUGCUGGACCGCUGGAGCAUCAUGACCUACGAGAUUAAGAUCCCACCCAAACACAGCUGCCCCACCACGCCUGAAGGGGCCCACGACUGCCAGGUAACUCACAGGAGCUGACAGAAAUUCACACGCAUCAGCACACACUAAUCAGACCCAGCGGAGCUCCCAGACAGGCAGACAGGAGGAGGGAGCACAUGCUGGAAAUAGUGCAUGGCAGUUUAUAUUCAACUUCACCUCGGAUCAGGUUCAGAACUGGAUACAGAGAAGGGAAUCCCCCCUUCAGUCUUUCUCAUAGUUUCUGUGCAUUUAGAGCUCUCUUUUUGUGCCUGUGUUCCUGUAUUUGAGUGUUUAUUUUCCUUUUCUCUGUGUGUUUUCGAUCCAGUUUCACAUCGCAGCCUACGAAGACUCAGUAGCUGCUCACCUCACAAAGAUCCUGAACUCUGAGCAGCACUCUGUGGUCAUCUCCUCCGCCAAGUAAGCGCUUUUAACAAACUGGCAUUAACACAAACAAACAAACAGGCUGACCGUAAUCAAUAACAGGAGGAUGAUCUGCAGCCUCAGGCGCCAGACUAGGCGCUAUUGAAACCACCAACACACCCCUUUACCGGUUUAUAUCUUAUCUCUCUGGCUGCACUUUGUCCAUUCGUGUUACUCCUGGUGUUCCCCAGGGUUCCGCCCUGGUGCCCCUUCAGUUUAUCAUAUAUCUACUUCCUCUUGAACAUCCAUUUCUAUUGCUAUAAUGAUGACAAUCAGCUCUACCUUUCUACUCUGAUUGCUUCUUCUGAAACUUUCUCAGACUUAAUGAUAAAUCUAAGGUUCUCCAUAUUGGGACAAAACCCACCUUGAACAUACCUGACAGUUUUUAGCCCACCAUGAGUGACUCCUCAAUUUAUGCACUGGUAAAUUAUCUUGUUUAUUUUAAUAUUUUAAUUUUUUGUACAAUGUCAUCAGUUUAGAAGAUCUUUUUUUUUUUUUUUUAAUACAAAUUUCUGAUAUUUAUUUAUUUAUAAAAAAAUAAAAAUAAAUAAAUAAUAAAAAAAAAGAAGAUCUUUUGUACUCACAUCCAUCAGACUUUACAUCUCCUCUGUAAAUAGCAGAUGACUUUUUGACACAUGACAACUGAGACUACAAACAAUUGAAUUUCCCUUUCGGGGAUAAAAUAAAGUUAUUCUCAUUCUUAUUUUUAAAGUGACUUUAAGUACAUGAGAAAGAUUAAUUUAAAAGUGUUUUCAACAGUUAUUCUUUUAAUGAAAAUGCACUAACAUGAGAAAACACCAGUUACAUCAGUCAGUAAUGAGUGAAAGUCUGUAAAACUGCUGUCUUGUCACUUUGAUCUACAAUCUAGAAAUUCUUGAAACCAUCGAUCCAGAGCGGCUUGUGCCAGGAUUGGAUUACUAAAACCAGCAUUAACCUCAUGACUCAGAGAUUUGCCCAACUUUAGUGUGGAUGUUUAACUUUGUGACUUCAUAUUCAUGCUGGAAGUGUAGAAAGGAGUAACAACCUCUCUUUUAGUUACAGAGAAAGGAGAGAAAACACUACACUUAGAUUUGAAAAGGAGCAUCAAAUUUCCCCUCUCUUUUGUCACUGAGAGUUUUAUCACAGGACUUAAUGUAAAGAGAGCAGCUUAGAUAAAGAUGAGACCUGAGUACAAUAUAACAGCAACUGUAUUCUGAACAUAUCUCUCCCUUUAAAUCCUGAUGUUUUAUUGACCCUGUGUUGCAGGAUCCUGUGUGAAACAGUGAAGGAUUUUGUUGCCAAAGUGGGGAAAGUGUAUGAAAAAAGUACAGAGAACGCUGAAGAGUGUGACAGCAUGUCUCUCAAAGUAAGACACCUCACUCUCCCUCUGCUGAAAACUCGCUCUCUGUUUAAUAUGCUCAUGCUGAUAAACUGUCCUCUGCGCCGCCUCUCUCCUCAGUGUGCCAUCCUGAACGAGAAGCUAGACUCCCUCCUGCAGACCCUCAACUCAGAGUGCCAGGCCCUGCCUCCUCUUCCCCACUCCACCCCUCCUAUCGUGGAGGAGGAGCAGGAGGAGGAAGAGGAAGAGGAAGAGGAGGAAGCCAGUGAGGAGAGUCUGACGGAGCUGAAAGGGAAGCUGGAGGAGGAGGAGACGGAGAAAGGAGGAGGAGGAGGCUCUCCACAUCAGCUGUUUAAAAGCAGAGAGCAGCUGAUGCUUCGGGCCAACAGUCUGAAGAAAGCUGUGAGGCAGAUCAUCGAGCAGGCCGAGAGAGGUAACAGGAACUAUGACGGGGGAGGAAUACACCUGAAUAUCAAUUACACAACUCAUUUUGUGAAUUUGUAUUUAUAAUAACCCCUUUGUAUAAACAGUGUGUGAAUGAAGAGGAGGUAAAACAGUGUUGACAUGCUUGGGUUAUUAUUUGAACCAGCAGCCAGGAAACUGGUAAAGCCACCUGAUCAGAGUAUAUCCUCUUAAAACAAGCUUUUUUGGCACUUACAUGUUUUGAUAUUUUUAACAAAAUUAAAGACAGGAUCACCUCAGAGAUAGAUCUCUUAACUUUGUUUGUGAUAAGCUGUAAAAUGUCUUUCCUUAAAACAACCAGACUCUGUCAAUAUUUAGUUUUUUAGUCUGGUCACUGGAGCACUCUUACUCUAUUUACACUGAGGCAUGUAACUGUAUCGUGUUUCUUUUCUUGCGUUCUUCCUCCUGUUCAGUGGUGGAUGAGCAGAACGCCCACACAGACGACACAGAGCUGCCGUCUCCCAUCGAGUUCAGGAAGGACAGCGAGGAGGAGAACAGGGACAGCGAGAAGGACGAGGACACCAAAGAGCUGGAAGCAGUGCCAUGUGAGUACAAACACAACUUCUGCUCCCCGCUUUAGAUCUACUCACUUUCACUUCCAUCCCUUGUCUUUUCCACUGAACCUGUUCGUCCUCUCUGAGUCCAAGUCUGUGACUCUGCCAAGUAGCUUUGUUUUUCUGCUACAGAUAUUUGUCUAGAGCAGUGGUUCUCAAGUCCAGUCCUCGAGCCCCCACCCCCGUCCUGCAUGUUUUGGAUGUUUCCCUGCUCUAACACACCUGAUUCAAAUGAUGAGCUCGUUAUUAAGCCAGAGCUUGAUAACGAGCUGAUCAUUUGAAUCAGGUGUGUCUAAAGGGUAAUUGUCAUCAUUUACAGUCCUGGGUCAAACUUUUAUCUAAAGAAAAAAAGGCAAAAUAAAAGCAUAAUGAAUUGUAGUUUAUAAGACAAUCUGUUCUCUCAGGAUUUUACUGAAACUGGAUUCGUAAAGGAAGAAGCAGAAGUUUUUUUUUCUAUACUAAGUUGACUUGUACCCCUGGUUUGACAUCUCUUUAGCGAUCCUUCAUCACUUACUUAUCAAUCGUUUCAGCCUCUUUGUCGUAAAUCCAGCUCUUUGUGGUCUUACCUUUUGUCUAGGACAGGUGACUCAGAACUUUGUCAAGUAAAACCAACAAAAUGAGAAGGGAAUUAUUGUUUGGAUCAAUUGGGAAAUACUACGUAAUAAAUGUAAUAAAAAAGUAUAAAUUCAAUUGUGAUUUCCCAUGAAUAAGAGACAAAAGUUUCAUGCUUAAUUCUAACUCCUGAGGUGAAAAUGUCAGUAUCACACAUAGUCUAAAUGUUGCCCCCUUGUGGAUGUUUUGCUCUCUGCACUACAAAACCAGACACAUAGCUAAUGGAAAAAGUGCUGCUGACGCAAAUCAUGUUUCCUGUCAUAAAUAAACUGAAGGAUUGGAGUUAAAAGUGCAGAGAGAGGGCUGCUCUCCUGUGGUAUUCCACCUCCUGCAGCAGUCUGAGCUGUUUAUCUCUCCAUCUCCAGUCGGCACCUCCGUCUGUGGUGAAGGAGGCUCUUUAAUAAUGAAUGACUGUGGUAACAGGGCAGCUAUAAAGUCUGCCUGUGCCUGUUUUAGGGCCUCUGCAGGUUCAUUUGUGGAUGCAUGUUUCAGGGUGUAAAUGUCUAAUGUGCCUCUGUGAGUGUGUGUGCAUCAGCCACAGGAUGUGUUAUUGUCUUUGGGGCAGAACUUCUUCCUGUUUAUCAUGGGCCUGCUUCCUUCCUUCCACAUUUUCCAGCCAGUUGGAAGAGCUGGAGGUAUCAGUCAGAGCCUCUGCUUUGUGUCCUCUCCUUGUGUCCUUAUAUUGCCUCCUCUCUCCUCCCUGAACCUGCCCACAUAUCACCAAAACACGCUGAGGAGAGCAGAGGAUUGUUCCUCGUAGGAUUAGAUUCCCACUCUGCCAAGGUUGCAUGUAUUUGCUGCCCCGCAGAGGACUCACGUGAUGCCAGCGUGAGCAGAGUUGUUAUGAGGCAAACACGCAAUGCUCGGACUCUGUCAUCGUGCGUUCACGUGGAAAAAUGCAUAACUGCUGAAAGCUGAAAAAGAAGAGAGGCCACGCUUGUGCAGAGGAACCUAACUAAGCACGCAGAACAGUCAACCGGAGUCUAUUUUAAACUCAUCAUGUUAAUGUGGCUGACCGUUCAGGGCUGGUUCAUGCAGGGGAAUAAAAAUAAAAGUAGGCAAUGUGACCAGAAACAACAAAAAUACACACUUAAACAUUGAGAAACUUCAAACUUUGAACUCCUUUUAUCACUCUAUGCAGUUUUAGACGUCAAAUAUAACAUUAUCAAAGUUUCCAGUCGUCUUUCUGAUGGUCUUGUUGGAGCUCAUUGAAUUCAAUCCUUUUUAUGACCAGCUCUAAGUCUUUAAGCAUCAUAUUCAGACAGUUAUAUUAUACAUCUGCGUACUACAGGUUGCCAAAAAUACAUCAGUUAAUGUCUUUUCCCUUUUACGAUUCCCUGCUUUUAUUCUUAAGGCCGGUAUUGCUCUCCAGAGGUGCUAUUUUGAUCCCUACAUAAAUGGGAAAUCAAUACACACCGCUGAGUGUAUUUUAUACACAUAAGAGAUGCACUGAUUGUUAAAGCCAGUGCCAGUGCUUAUAUCAGUGUUUAAAGGUGCAGUCAGUGUAGAAAUGGAAAUAUUAAACGCCAUCUGGCAGUCAGACAAGACACACAAUGAGUAUUCCCCCUGAUCUUCAGACGACUUAAAGCACUUAAAACUUUUUAUUUCGCUUUCACUCAUUCACACACUGACAGCAGAGGCUCUGCAGGAUUACCCGUCAACAUACACACAGAUUUGGGGUUGAUUGCUUAGCCGUAGAUUAGGGGUGGGGAUAGAGAUCUGGUUUGGAGAUCAAAAACUUGGUUCUGUUUUUUUCAAACCUGAAAAUCAAUAAUGUUUGAGCUUCUUAAGUCUCGUAGGUCCCAGUGUGAUUUUAAACACCACAAGUCAUGUCCCAUAUAAACAAACUCGUCUGCUUCACUGUCAGAGGGGUCAAAAUGAGCUGGUACUGAUGUUCAACUGAGGCAUCAAGGCAAAUCUAACAUGAAGAUCAGGUGCAAAACAAAGGUGGAAGAACACAAGUGCAUUUGUAUCAUCAAACUGUUAGUGCUGCUUGGCUUUAGAGGGAGCAAUUUUUUUUUUGUAAGUGACUCAUAUCUGUGUUUUGUUGUUUGACUUUCAUGCAAAAUGCAACAAAUCUGCAGAUGUCUCUUAGGUUUUUAAGGGAAACUAAUGCUUAACAAAUGCACAAAUUAUUCAAUAUGAGUAAGUUUUUGUUGUUUUGUUAAUUUUUUAAAGUUCAUUUUUGGAUUUUUUUGCCUUUUUGAGAGGAGGGGAUCGUAGAUAGAGUAGCAAACCGAGGGAAAGAGAGGGAAGCAUGAAGCAAGACUGCCUAAACACAGGACAUGUAUCAACCGAUCUGUAACUGUAAACCCCAUUUAUGGCCUUUUAACAAGUCUAGGUUUGUUUUCAUUGCACACUCUCACAGUCCUGCCCCCUCUCUGAACCUGCCUUAACUUUUGUCAGGGCAACUUUGAAGUCCAAAGAGUCCAAAGUCAUUUUUCUUGAAAGUGUUGUGAUUUAAUUUCUGCCUUGGUUUCCAGCAGCUAAGAGCCCCUGCUCACCCACAGAGAGGAGGGUGAGCCGCAGCACGCAGUCCUGUGGAUCCUUCACCAUCACCCCGUUCACCACCAGCAAGGAAAACCUGCCUGUGCUCAACACUCGUAUCAUCUGCCCCGGUAAACUUAAAGGCUACAGCUUGUGUCUGAAAUACAGAUAAGAAAACAACCCAGAACAGAGCAACUCUAGCAUGUCAGCAUCAUGUGACUGACUAUCUUUGUAUCAUGUGACCAACUGCCUUUGCAUCAUGUGACUGACUGUCUUUGUGCCUGUUUCUCUGCAGGCUUACGAGCAGGUCUGGCCGCCUCCAUCGCCGGCAGCUCCAUCAUUAGUAAGAUGCUGCUGGCAAACAUUGACCCCUUUGGUGCAACGCCCUUCAUUGACCCUGACCUCGACUCGCUGUAAGAGCAGCUUUCUUUUCAUCCUCACCCUGUUUACAUAAAUGUAAUUCUCUUGGUAUUUGUGCAAAUGUUUCAUCUUUAACUGGCUUUUUCUUUCUGCAUUUGUGACCGUUUCCAUCCAGAGAGGGCUACAUGGAGAAGUGUGUCAUGAAUAACUAUUUCGGCAUCGGUCUGGAUGCAAAGAUCUCACUAGAGUUCAACAACAAACGAGAGGAGCAUCCAGAGAAAUGCAGGUGAGACAAUUAUUACUAGAUGUUUUAUCACUGCACUCGCUUAUGUUUAUUGUCGGCUUCAUAAACCUGCCGUUUCCAUCUUUUUGAGUCUAUCCCCUCUGCUUCGUUUUGCACAGGAGUCGCACCAAGAACAUGAUGUGGUACGGCGUUCUGGGCACGAAGGAGCUUCUGCAGAGAACCUACAAGAACCUGGAGCAAAAGGUCCAGUUAGAGGUGAGAGAGGGCGAGAAAGUCAGCUACAAGUGUACACAGAAAAUAUUUACUGAAAAUCUGUCAAAAAAACUUUUGAUUCUGGAAACUCCUGAAACACUAUUUUUAUGUAGAUGCUCAAAACAAAACAUCUAUAUGAGAAGUAAUUUAGCAUCUUAACGUCCUAUUUCUCACCUUGAAUUAUUGAGACCAGCAGGACUGAGUGUGAAAAUAAGAAAGGAAAAACAUGUCAGCUGAACUUAAAAUUAUAUAAGCUCUUGUUAGACCACAUCGUCUGAGCUGAAAAUGGUCAGACAGGAUUCAUUUAUUCAGCUUUAUUUAUAUCAUUGUGUGUGAAUAUAUAAAAAAAUAUCAACUAAAUAAAGUGUCAGAACAGAUAAAAAUGGGAGGAAAUUAAUGGUUGGAAAUUAACAAAUUACAGGAUAUUAGAAUUUGCAUUAAUGUGCAUAUUUAUGAAACUUAUUUAUGUUUUAGGUAAGUUUGCUUGUUUUUUAGGUUAUCUUGUGUGCUAUUUUAAGUCGUACAAACUACUAUGUUCCUUGCAAAAGGUAGAUCUAAUCUUAAAUAAGCCAAACUUGUGUAUUUUUUUUUCUGUUGUGCAAAAUCUGUAUUUAUUUUUUCUGUUUGGAUUCAAAAACGUCCUAAAAAAGCCUGAUCUUUAAAAGUUUGCAGCGACACUAGACUAUAGUGCUCAUGUGAAUCCUGCAGAUGCCCAAACUUUCUCUCCAAGACACAAACAUGCAUCCUGCAUCUUUUCUAAACUUUUCUUGUGUAACCCAUUCUUUUUUUUUCUGUUUUUGUUUCACAGUGUGACGGUCAGUACAUCCCUCUGCCCAGCCUUCAGGGGAUCGCAGUCUUAAACAUUCCCAGUUAUGCUGGAGGGACCAACUUCUGGGGCGGCACCAAAGAGGAUGAUGUAAAUACAUAUAGUUCAUAUUCUUCUUGAAAGUGCUUUCAACAAAUAUUUCUGAUCACCCGGUCAUGGUCUGACAUGACCCUGAUGGCCUGGAGGUGCAGGGGGGUGGUGGGUAGCACAAGGGCUGCUGAGGGAAUAGGAGUCACUCGCAUGCACACCCUGUGGUGAGCCCCCGCAGCGGUUACCCUUGGACACUCACAUAAAGUUUGAGCAUUUGGAGUUAUGUAACUGUUUAACUUGAGAACAGGACGCUGAAGAAGGAGAGGACAUUUAGUUUAAGUUUAUAAUCAAACUGACAUUUGACCUUGACUUACAAAGAUGUCUGGAAAAAAAAGCUGUUUGUUUUUCUAUAUCUCAGGUUUGGGCUUAUUGCAGCUAAUUCAUUUAAUUAAAAGGAUAAAAUUUGCCGAAAAACAAGAUUAAAAACAUAAGUAGUACCAGAAUCAGACACACAAAACACAAAACCUUUAAAUCUUGAAUAUUUCCUCUCGAUUUCUACCCGAAAUGCAACACAGAACUUUUUCUUGAAUGUGUUCUGGUCGCCCUCCAGUGGCUGAAGCCCUACAUGACAAUACAUCUGAUCAUAUUUGAUAAUGUCGUCGCUCUUCAUAUUACCUGUCCAGCAUGUUUUUGAUGCUCCUCAUUGCUUUGACCUUUUCACUGACAGUUUGCUUCGAGAAAUCAAUACAGUUCAUUUUUAAUUCAGAGCUGACAGAGCUGACUGUCUCCUCUGAAGGAGAUUUUUACAAAUGUAGAAGACAGGCAGGGCUUACAAUAAAGGAUAAAGCUGAGGAUGUAGUUUAUAUUUAACAAUGUCAAAACUUUUUACCUGUUUGGUUGUUCCGUGGACAACUUUUGAAAACAUACUGCUUCAUCAAAUUUGGAGUUGGAACAUUUUUUAAAAUAACUUUUCAGUUUCAGCAUUUGAUAUUUAGUCUUUGCAAUAUUUGUUAACACUUAACAAUAACCAUAAUUUAAAAAUGGUAAAGAGAUAGUUUAUUAAUGUUUAAUCAUCAUUUGAAAUCAGCAUAUGGACCAAUUAUAAAUGGCAAAUGUAUAGUUUAUUAAUGUAAGUUAAUAGUUAUUUUACCAUUAACAAGCAAUGAAAUUAUGAUUAAUUAAUAUUUUGUUUAUAAACCAUCUAUAAACAUUACUUAAAUGGUUAUUGUAAAGUUAGGGUUAGGUUUAGGGUCUUAAAACUGUAAAAUUUACAAUUUAUUAAUGGUCUAUAUGUUAUUUAUAAAUGAUGAUUAAACAUUAAUAAACUAUCUGCUUACCGUUUAUAAAUGGUCUAUUCACCAUUUAUAAGUUAUGGUUAUUGUAAAGUGUUACCUAAUAUUUUUAAUUAAAUUUAGGUUUUAAAUUUCUCAACAGUUCUCAACAUUUUAGCACAGCAUCAUGUUCAGACUAGGGGUUUUAAAGAAUGAAAAUCUAAAAUCACUCAGUGUCACUCAGUGAUUUGCUUAAAUUUUUAUAUUUAUUACAUUACUAGGAGCUUAAGGAUUCAGGGUUUUGUGCAACAGAUGGUUGAUAAGUCAGAAAAUAUUGAGAGAUGGAUUAGCACAGUGUUUUUAUAAAACCUGCUUCUGAAAACGACAAAAAAAAAACACACACAAAUCUCUGGAGGAGGCUUUAGAGGAUUUGUUGCACAUCACAAAACAAAUGAAUGCAGCAUGCUCAGACAGUCGCUGGAUGUGUUUGUCAUGUUGCAGAUCUUCUGUGCUCCAUCGUUUGAUGAUAAGAUCCUGGAGGUGGUGGCUGUCUUUGGGAGCAUGCAGAUGGCCGUGUCCAGAGUCAUCAAGCUGCAACACCAUCGUAUUGCACAGGUGAAGAUAUGAGGAAAAUAAAGAGAGAAUAAAAACACAUAAACAAAUAUGAGUAUGUAAAUGUGACGAUUCUCUUUUCAUCAGUGUCGGACAGUGAAGAUCACCAUCCUGGGUGAUGAGGGCGUUCCUAUUCAGGUGGAUGGAGAGGCCUGGAUCCAGCCGCCUGGUGUCAUCAAGAUCCAACACAAGAACAGAGCUCAGAUGCUCACCAGAGACCGGGUGAGGAAGAGAGAAAGAAGGAGGUGGAGAUGCUUUUAGAUGCACAAAGCUCUCCAUUAUUCGCUUCAUAUAUCACUUUUGAUUUCUCCUCAGGCAUUUGAGAACACGCUGAAGUCAUGGGAGGACAAGCUGAAGUACGAUAAGCCUCCACUGCGGCCUCACCUCUACCCACAGCAGUCUGUGGACCUGGCUACAGAGGAGGAGGCCUCCCUGGUGCAGAUGUGCGCCCGAGCUGCAGAGGAGCUCAUCACAAGGUAAACACGCACUGCCAUUAAUGUCAGCUCAAGCAGGAAUAUGAUGAAUCCAUGAGUUCGAAAACACUGACUUGUUCUUUGUUUGAUCUCAGGAUCUGUGAGGCUGCAAAGACCUACGGACUGCUGGAACAGGAGCUGGCUCAUGCUGUUAACGCCGCAUCACACGCCAUCAACAAAACACACCCCAAGUUCCCAGAGGUGACUCUUGGACACCAUACACACAUUGAAUGUAAUCUGUUGCAGGUUAACCACUGAGAUGUGACUGUAUAAUAUAGCUGACUUUAUUUUAGGGGUUUAAACUCAUGUUUCUUCAACCAAAUGGUUUUAGUUUAACACAUAAUAAAAGGUUUGUUUAGGCCAAUAAAAGUGAUUUCUGUUGCAGUACUUCAGAAAAAUAGUAUUUCUGUCUGUGUCUGUUUUCACUCUGACACUUUUGAUACUGUCAAUUUCUUUGAAGGAAAAGAGAACUGAAGAGGCCAAAUUAGCAACAUGAAAUUAAGUUGUUUACUAAAAACAGAUUGCAUCCACUAAUAGCUCCAAGAAUUGCCUGUUUCAAGGUCUUAUUCACACAGCAAGUUGCACUAAAGAUAUACAAAUUUCUGCAACUCUGCACAGUUUGCUCCAGUUUUGCAUUAGAGUAUGAUUGAGCUGUCAGCAUCUUCCCCUGUACUGGAAUCUAUCCCAAUUUAUGAUAAGCUGAGGGAAACUUCACAUCUUUUUAGAUCCCAUUCUUGACGGAUGUUAUGCUAAUUUUUCAGUUUAUACCAAAGUUACUUCCUGGGAAAUGUAGCUUGUUAAGAAUUAAGAAUAGAAGGAAACCCUGUGUAUACUGGCGAGAGAGUUGAGCCACAGACUGAUUAAACUCCUGAUUAUUACAAAAAUACUUAUGUUAGGGUGACCGUAUUCUGAAACCCCAAAAAGAGGACAUGACGACACGGGGGCGGAGUCGUGCUUAGUAAAUCUUGAGAGUUUUUCGGGUUGGGUUGAGUGUCUUGUUCUAACUCAGUAAGACGAAGCGACACAAACUCAGAACUUCCGGACAAAACCCCGGACAUUUGAGGGAUUUUAUAAACUCCCCCGGACAAGGUCAGACAGCUUCCAAAAGAGAGGACAUGUCCAGGUAAAAGAGGACGUAUGGUCACCCUACUUAUGUCAAAGAAACAUUGCUUACUUCAUCAUUUAAGAGUUGGACCAUGAGGGUUUAGCUUUAACACUCUUUGCUAGUUCAUGUGAUCUGAAUGCAGCUGCAAAUCAAACCCCUGACCAGAUGAGUUUCAGUCCCUGUUUUCAAUGAAACUCUUACACUGUGUGUUUGCAUUAUAGACAAUCGCAUUUGUUUUCCAUACUCAGAGUCUGACCAGAAACACAGCGAUAGAGGUGGCCAGCACCGUGAAGGCUCUUUACAACGAGACCGAGUCCCUGCUGGUGGGCCGAGUCUCCUUGGUAAGUCCUCAUAAACUGAAGUGGAUACUUAAUUUUUAUAGCAACAACUCUGCUAAACCCUUAAGCUUUUUCUUUUAAACACAUUAUAAAGUUUCAGCGUUAUUGUUUUCAUCUGUGUUUGUGUUUUCCUUCGUGCAGCAACUGGACCCCCCAGAGGAGGAGCAGCUGUCCAGCGCUCUGCAGAGUGUUGAGCUGGAACUGGCCAAACUGGGAGAGAUCCCCUGGCUCUACCACAUCCUGCAGCCAAACGAUGAGGAGGUGAGCAUCCUCUGCAAAAACAAACACAACGAUAAACAUAUAAAACACAUUAAAGUACCCACACAUUUCGCUCCUGCUCCUCGUGACUCAGAGCUAUCUGCACACAUGUACUGAUUGUGUUCAUAAUAACAUGGCUCCAGGUAACGGGAGAGCUGGGUAGCUAAAUGAAAGGCUAUAGGUUGACUGUGCUUAUGUACCAGGAUCACACUCUGGGUUACGGCAAGAGGAACAGUCGCAGCAGCAUGUUUCGCAUAGUGCCCAAGUUCAAGAAGGAGAAGGCAGCCAAGAAGAUGAGCCCGCAGUCAGGUAGGAGCGAGUCCUCCUUUACCCCUGUAGAGAGUAGAGUGCACAGAUGGGCUACUUAUAGCCUCAUUAUGGACUCUGUCUGUUUUAUUUCACAUAUUUAGGGAUCUGGUUUAAACAGUUACGAGUCGCUCUCUGAGGUUUCUGCAGAACAAAACCUGUAAUAGUUGCAGUGUGCUUCCCUUGGUCUUCCUAGCAAGAAAUGUCCACAUGCCUGUGCUGGUUGAGUGUUUUAGGCCAGUUUGACCAGAAACAGUCAGAAUCCAACUUUAUCAACCCCACCACCAAAAAAGUUAAGACACUGGGAAGAACUGCACGGAAAAAAAAACUUAGUUUAGAACUGAGGAUAUAUGUUUCAUUAUUUUUAGAUCUUUUUAAUCAUUAAGCCACAAAAGAGUUUUCCAUUUUAUUCCAAUCCAUCUUCAGUGAGCUCAGAAGUCAACGGCAUUGCUGCGUUCAAGAACAACAUUUUUUGGAGGCGAUUUGGAGUCCAUGUAACAACUUUUUCGAUGCAUGUUACCGGCAUUAAGAUUAAAGUCUGCAGAUAUUUGUCAAAGAAAACCCUAAAAGUUAUUUGUCUUUGCACCAUUUUCAUAUAAACAAAGACAAUAAUUUAUUUCGGAAUGAUCAAAUUCUGUUUUAUUUCCAUUUUACGAAGUGUCCUAACUUUUUUUGGAGAUAGAGUUGCGGUUUUAAAGACGAUUAAAUCCUGCCAUGCUACAAGAUUUCAUCUGUUAGCCGUGUUAGAAUAGAUUCAAGUGGUAGAGCAUUACACAUCAACCAGAGCUUCUUGAAUACAAUUGGUAACCCUUUCUUUUACGGUACGCUUAUUACCAAGUAAUUAACAGGUAAUUACCUAGUAACAUCAUGAAAUUAUCUGGUAAUUACAUGAUAACUACUAAGUCAAUACUGUCUACCAGGUAGGUAACCUUCUAUCAUCAUACAAAUUUGAAGCUGAAUUGCUCUGGUAUUUCCAGGAUUUUCUCCACUUCCUGGAACCACCACUUACGCAGUAGCAUUGUACGCACUCGGCGGGUGAGUCGCUGUGAUAAUGGCUGUAUCAAGUGUCAAUCAUAGAAAAUAAGAACCCCAAAUAGCUUUUGAAAAUGGAGCUGCACAGAAAAAAGAAACAAAGACAAACUUGACAGUAUUGACUUAGUAGUUAUCGUGUAAUUACCAGAUAAUUUCAUGUUGUUACUAGGUAAUUACCUGUUAAUUACCUGGUAAUAAGUGUACCGAAAAAGAAAGGGUUACUAUACAAUUCUUAUACUGCUUCGAUGUUGUUUAUUUUCUCUUAUCAGGGUUCCUACGCAAGUAUGGAAAUAUAUUUGAUCAAUUUUCAGGUCUUAGAAAGUAUGGAAAAUGAAAAAUAAAGUAUGGAAAAAUAUUUAUGUUUCCAGAUUAUUACCAAAAUUCUCAAACACUGUUUUCUAAAAAUAGAAAAGUAAGUAUUUCCAAAAACAAUGCUGAAAAUUAGGGUAUGGAAAAGUAUGGAAGUUCCAACUGUGUAGGAACCCUGUCUGAUUUAAGCAGCCUGAGAGACCAUUUCUUGGUCUCAAAUCCAAAAUUUCACACUAACUUUGAUGAAGUCCUUUCACUCGUGGCGCCAAGGAUGUUUUGACAGUGCUCACCGUAUUUAUUGAUUCCUAUCAGAUACACUGAAUGUUUUUGUGAGCUGACGCGCACACAAAGACAAACCUGCUCCUCCAAACUGCUGUUGUGGUUGCCUUUCACUAUCAUGUUACUGUCUCUCCAUGAGUCAGGUAUCAAUGUUUGUUAUCCAAACACAAUGAAUGGGUGUGUUUGAGGUGUUACAUCCCAGAGUCUGACCUCACCUGUCAACCUGCACUCCCCGACCCUCCAUUCAUGCAGUCAUUCAGCUGACCACAUGGCAUCAAAUGGCUCAAAGUCAGGAGAAUAAAAAAACACAAACUAAAACGAACUUAGCGUAUUUACUGUUUGAAACUCUGAAACUAAAUGGGUUCAUAUUCUAGUUUGAAUUAAAGCUGUUAGAGCAGGUUGAAGCCCUUCCUCUCAUCACAUCCGUCGGGCUGAUUUUUCCUCAGAUUGCACAGACUUCCUCCUCUUUUACCUCCUCCUUAUAUCUGUGUGUUUUGACACUGGUGGAUGAAAUGCAUGACCCUUAAACGCCAUUGGCCGCUGCCUUGUCCUGACCGACCUUUGGCCCUCAAACUCCUCCUCCCUUCUCCUCCUCCUCCGCCAGCUGCUGCCAUCUACUCUUUCUUUCUUCCUCUCCAUUAUUUCUCCAUCGCUUUUCCUUCAAUGAUUCAACACACUUUGUGCUCAUUUUUGUGUGUAAACAUGUUCACAUACUGUACACGUGCUGUGUGGCUUGAGACACGGGUGAUCGUGGAAGUUGAGUGACGUGUGAGAGUUACUGGUGAACCAUGAGGCACCCUGAGCCUCUUUCUGCUCUGCUCCAUGUGUCCAUGUGUGUUUGUGUGUUUGUUUUUGGAUGUGUGUGUAUGUAUGUGUGUGUGUGUGUGUAGUGGAGAGAUGGGGCACAGAAGAAGUGGGCGUCUGGCUGGAGCAGCUGAGUCUGGGAGAGUACAGAGACACCUUCAUCAGACACGACAUCCGCGGCUCAGAGCUGCUGCAUCUGGAGAGGAGGGACCUGAAGGUACACACACAAACACACACACACACACACUCACACACUAACACACACCUGAGUCCCUCAGUGAAUCUGUGUAAUCCCUCAAAAUCAACUCUUCUCUCUGUCCCCUCUUAAUCUACUGUACUCCUGACGCUCUGUAACCCUGUCGUGCUGCUGCAUCGCUCUGCUUGGCUUCUACUGUCUGACCGCUGCUGUAACCCACUAACACUGUCUACCUGCUGGAGAGGGGAAGCCUACAGGGUGGAGGCAGGCAGAUAUUCAGAGCAAGAGUCAGGCAGGGCGUGAAGAUUUUUAUUUGAACACUGGCUCAGCUCAAACAUGAGGAAAUGAAGUGACUCAAUUCUCUUUGUUCAUAUGACUUUUCUUUCAGGAGUUCAACGAAAUGUACUCGAAUAGAGAGUUAUUUUACAGAUUAAGAUGAGCACAAAAAGUGAAAGCAGACAACAGACAAGACAAAUUAAUAAAGUGUAUAAAAAGCAUAAUACAUGCAAAAUAAUAGGACAAAACACUCUUGAGCAGAAAGUAACCCCAUCAAUGAAGCUAUUUAUAAAAAGUGUUCAGUUAGCUAAAUAUAGAAACAGGACUAUGGGCAUUAGUGUUUUAAUCACUCUUGGAUUAAGUUAGAAAAAUGUGUGUAUUAUUCUCUUAAAUGCAGCAGUCCAACCACGGCGCUAUCUUCCUGCUGCCACCAUAAUGGACAAAAAUGACACCACUGCACUUUUGAACAACACUUUAAAAAGUCCAAGAUAGCUCAGCUGACAAGUUUAAAAUAGUUUAAUAAUUUAGUGUAAAAAAGAAAUUAAAAUCUCACUGAAGCACUUUGAGUUUCAGCUCCACUUAUAAGGCAAAUAACAGGAACAGUAGGCGACUGUAACACAAAAAUCAGCAGAGAACUGUUAGUGAGUUAUUAUUGUAAAUCACCACAAACCUGUUAAUGAAACUACAUUAAAGAAACUGAGAAAGUAACCAAAGUGGAAGUCAUGUAAAGUGCAGAUGUGCUCGUAUUAACCAAGGAGUCUUAGACAUCGGUUAGUAACCAUAAUUAUCUUGAAACAACUGCACGCCAUUUUGGCACAAAAUACAAUUUAAAAUGUGAUCGUCCCCAAUAAGAUAUUUGAUUGCAAUGUGAAAAAUGAAUUGUUUGAUGGCUCUUGUCUUAAAGAAAUGAUUAUGACAAACGAGUGUGAGCUGGGACAUUAUCAACCAACUCAGCAGACCAUAAGUGAGCAGGUGAGGCAUCUCGUAGUUUUAAUGCUAUGGCCUCAAAAGCGAGAUCACCUCAGGUCCUGACAUAUAUCUGCAGCCAGAAAGCAAAUAGAGAGUGAAUUAUCUGAGGAAACUGGUGCCUGAGUUAUGGUAGACUUUUCUAAACCCAUAUUAAAGAGUCUGAGAUAAUGUUUUAAAGUAAGGCUGGAGAUUUCAAACUGCAUCCAGUGUGGGAUGGCGAGUAAGGUGUGACUGAGUACAGGUGCAUUUUUACAGAUUGCAGAUAAUAAAGAGCAGACACAUUAAGAAAUGCAUAGAAAGUGUGUAAGGAUAUGAUCCAGAGAUGGCAAAUGUAGACUGACAGACACUGCAAAAGGUAUGAGUAUGUUGGUGUUGUGAUUUGCAGUGGGUGAAAAAAUGUGCAAAUGCGCAAAGAACCAAAGACCUUCGACCUGAAAUAUUUUCUGUUUGCAGCAUACAUGUCUCGUACAAUCAUUAGCCCUGUAACUGUAUCACAGUCCGAUUUCAGACUCUUAAUCUGGAUCACAAAAAAAUGAUUCAAACUGAAUAAAAAGAACAUAUCUAAAACAAAAUCAGACUAAAUGAACCGAUUUGUUAAACUUACCGAGACGAGCAUCAUGUUUUUUAAUAUUUUCUUCUCAAACAUCGUUGCACAGGAGCAGCAGGAUGCUGACGUCGAGCCUAGUAAAGCCCUCAGACACAAUAAACGCAGACACCCACCCACACACACACACACACACACACUCAGUAUACCUGUUUUUUUAUAUCUGUGCUCCUCAUUUCAUCGUCAUAACAGCUGAUCAGUCAGUCACAUCAUGUGUCUAAUAUGCUGUGUUUCUUUGUGAUUUACCAGGAUGGAUAAAACUUCAUAUUUAGCUUAUAAUUACAAUUAUAACAUACAGAACUAUGAUAAUAGUGAUGUUUUUGUUGUUAAAAAUGUCUAAAUACUGAGUUUGUCUGAGCCUAAAAGGAUUACAACUAAAUUUACACGUUUGAUAGUCAAUUGGAUGAAUUUCACUUCUAUUAAAUCAAGUAUUUUAACUAAAUAUUGACCUGAUGAUAGCACAAAGUUGUGAGCUUGUCCACACGGAUCUCAACGCUUUGGGUGAUUUUGCAUUAGCGUCUGUAAAUCUGUCCAGCAGAGGGCGCUCUGACUCUAUUGUGUACAAUACUUUCCACACUGUCUGUAGCACAUGUAGCAGAGCAUCACAGCUGAGCGGCUGUCCACACAGAAACAUGUCCAGUGUGAACUAUCGUAUAUUUUGGUCGUUCCUCUACACUGAACCUGCAUUUUGGGCGGCUGGAAACACCAACUUAUUGAAACCAAGUCCAAAAUACCCCCUCUGUAAUCGGGUGAAAACUGUUCAAACUCUGAUGUUUGUUUGUACUCACCUCCCUGUUUGAGGAUCCUUUCAUGCACAGAAACAUAGAGUUCUGCAGAGGCGUGUCCAUGCUUAAUUAUACGGCCAGCUACUAGCCUGGUAUUUGAACUCCAGUGCUUACAGUUGUUAUUGUGGUUCUCUGCGCACAUGGAUAGUUUUUACAAAGUUUUGAAUGAAACCUAUCAGUGUAAAUUUGUGCACAAACUCCACAGACACAAAGUUUUUUUCUAAGUACCGGAGUCAGUCUCAAAAACCACAUGAUGUGAAUUCCCCCCGUAUUAGAUCACAGCUGUCAGUUAUGGUUUCUUUGACACAAAACAAAUGAUAUCAGACUCACAAAAAGCAUCAACCUAAAACCCAAGGUCUGGUUGUUGUGCUUCCUUACUGGUGUUUUUUUUUUUUUUUUAAUACGCUGGUCUCCUUGUUUCUCCUCAGGAUCUGGGGAUAUCGAAAGUGGGUCAUAUGAAGAGAAUUCUCCAGGGAACUAAGGACCUGGCCAAGGCCUCCAUGGUGGACCUCUAA